AGGUCCCCAUACUGCUUCUCUUCAUCUGUCAGUCUGCUCAGGGAGUCUGGGUUGCCUUGUCUCUCUCUCUCAUGGAUGCAGAUGAGGUCCUUGCACCCAGUCAGCUGGCAGAACGUGCUGUUUGGCCACUUGGAGAGAAGGGAAUUCUAGACCCAUGUGCAGAUGCGAAAGUGCAUACUUCAGAAGCUGCCAGGGUAGAGGGGUGACUCCUGAGGGCAGGAGGACACUGUCUUGGUACCCCUCAUGCUUUGACAGUGUGGUGCUGUCAAGGUUCUUGUCGUAGGCAUUACUGAAAGCCUGGCUCAGUCUUCUCUCCACUUUCACCCUCAUCCAACACAGUGGCCAUGCAGCAGGGAGAUCCAGGGCGCAGCAAGGUGGGACCUAUCAUUUGUUCCCAAUAGUAAGGCACAGCCUCACCCUGAGACUACCUCUGUUUGAUACUGUGGAAAUUUGCCAUCCUUGUUCUAACAACAAACUUUUAAACUUUUGAACUUUCGUGACUGGAAUUGAUACAGAUUCUCUUGACAUUGCUUUAAAAUUAAUCUGCCAUGGAGGGGAGUUCAGGGCUUUUUUUUUUUUAGUUAACAUGUCUUAUUGUAAGAUUUUUCACUCAUUUAUGUCAUUGGACUUUGGUGUCUUGCUUGCUUCCCCAACCCUGCUCUCUCAGUUUUCCUCCCUGCUCUUGUUGGUCCCCUCCUGCCCCAAAUAGCCCCUCUUCUGUUUUCAUAUAUAUGUCAUAGAUAUAGAUAACACUCUAUCUAUCUAUCUAUCUAUCUAUCUAUCUAUCUAUCUAUCUAUCUAUCUAUCUAUCUAUCUAGAUUCUGCAUAUGAGAGAAGAAAGGUAACAUUUGCUUGGUAGGACCCCUUUCUUUUUCUUUGGCUUGGGUGGACCCUGUUUGUCAUUAGCCGCUGAAUACAAAGAGAAUAUCAAGUGUCCUAUUCUGCUCAGGAAGGCCGCCCUCCUGUCUGACCCCAGCAAGAGUUAACUCUGUAUUUAGGCUCUGGAUUGCCCUUCUUUCUCCUUCCUUCAGCCUCAGUUCCAGCUGUCUUCUGCAUGACACCAACUACCAGAGAUGCCACCUGUGCCAAGGGUCUUCCCUGGAUCGCCUCCUUUAUGCUCCUGGGCUGGUGUUGAGAAGGUAGUUAGUGGGUUUUUCUUUUCUUUGCAGCGAGUGGCAGGAUACUUAAGCCUCAUGCUUCACGGCAGAAUCUGAGAUCAGGAAGGAACCCACCCCUAUGUCAUAAUUGUACAAUUGCCCAACCAGGUAAAUACACGUAUCACGCACACACCACACGCACAAAUGCACCACAGACACACAGACACAGACACAGACACACAGACACAGACACACACACACACACACCACAAACCCACCGUACACACAAAUGCACCACAAACACACACACACACACACACACACACACACGCUACAAACCCACCACACACACAAAUGCAACAUACACACAGCAUAUAUAUAUAUAUACACACACACAUACAUAACACACAUACAUACAUACAUAGAUACAUACAUACAUACUACACACUACUCACACACACAAAUGCCUGCCUCUAUACUAAAUAUCAUUGCACAAUUGCCCAACUCAGUAUGCUACUUCUGGUAAACACCACACACACACACACACACACACACACACACACACACACACACACACACACAGAUACUGGAGGGAUCCUCUCGCUAUACAGCCUGCAGUUGCCAGCCUCAGAUUGUCUUUGUAAGUAGCUAGUAAGUCUGGUCUAGAAGUGAGGGGUGUGGAUGGACUUUUCUGGUUUGUAUAAGGGUCAGGCUGUGGAGCCUCCGGUGCAGUGGGAUGGUUACUAGUGAUUCCCAGGCUGCCACUGCCUUCCUUCCCAUCUAUCUCCCAUGGCACAGCACUUCCUUCUGUCUCUAUUAUUAGCUUGCUUAGCUUUUACCAUUCAGCUCCCCAAGUCUUCCCAUUCUUUCUCUCCUCCCACUUUAGCCCUUCAACUCCCCUCAUCUCUCAGGAGCCACCUCUCAUGCUCUGUGCCUGCUGGAGCCUUUCUUUCCCUUGUUAAUAAAAAUAAUCUUGUUUAGCCUUCUUUCAUGGUGCAUCAGCCUCUGGCCCGUCUCCUGUGGCUGUAAACCGUCAAAGCAGAAAGUGCCCAGGUGGGUUUCUCCAAAACGAGAGUCUGCAGCACCCCCGAGGCCUUCUGUGUCAGCAGCCAUUCACUGUCCUGCCACCUUCUUGUCCCUUCUGCGAGUGGAAGGUUCUGACCCAGUCACAUGCCUUUCUAAAAUGACGUCAUCCUACCCAAAUGAUGUCAUCCCACCUUGUGCAUUCACUGUUUUCUCUUUCCUGCUGAACUCCUUUUUCUAUGGGAGUCCAGCAAUUCUCUCCCUCAUUAUCUUUGAUCGCCUGACUUUGAUAAGUGGACAUAAUCGUGAGUAUUGUAUAUCAAGCAUGCCUUUUCCAAACAAGGAGGUUUUUUUUCUUCUUCUUCUUCUUUUUUUUUUUUUGGUGGACAGCUUUUAGUACCAUAAUAAAUUAUCAUACUUGAGAAAAGGUUCGUGUGAAUUAUUUUUUUGUUACCGUGACCAUUUACAAGUUACUGUUUUCUUUGCAGCUGACUUUGUCACAUGACUCUUACUUGGUUUUGGUGAGAAAUGCAGUUUUAACUUCCGUACCUGUCUUCCAAAAUCAUGGCUUUUGGAACUGAUGGUUGAAUUUUUCACAGUUAAUCAUUUGUAGGUGUUCAAAUUUUGUUGUUUUGUUUUUGUUUUAAGACAACGGUGUCAAUGUGAGUUCCUGGCUGGUCUGGGACUUGGUAUGUAGACUAGCUGCAGUCUUCCUACCUCUGUCUCUCGAAUGCUUCGGGAUUACAGGCAUGCGCCGUGAAUCCCUGCUUUGUAGGAUUCUUUUACCUCCAGUGCUUGGGAUCAAACUUAGAGCUUGAGUGUGGUAGGUAUUAACCAUGGGCUUCUAGAGAUCUCAUGUUCCCGAUGGGUUACUAUGGAUUCUUCUCAUGUUAUGACAGAGUUUAUCAUGUGUGCUGGCCCGAUUUAAGUAGUAAAACAGCAUUUCUGGACAUCAGCUUCCCUUGUCACACUUUUCCUGAGGUAACCAGUCUCUGAUUCUCCAUUACUCAUUGAUGUAGUGUACCCUGCUCUCUGAGUACAUGGAGAGAGAUGGCGGAAAGUUGCUUCAGCAUGCUGUCCUUUUAGGAAUGGAAACAGAAUGGGAGAGAAGAGUUAGAGAAGAUGGCUUUUAGGAUCAGUUUUAAGACCAAGGCAGAUACAUUCUAGUUCCCUUUGGUAAAUGAGAAACAACCACUGAGAGACAUUUAAAUGACUAGGUGAAUGGUCUUACAUAACAGGUGGCAAUUCUGUAAGCUUUACACGUAGACAUUUGCCGUGUAGGGUUUUUAAAAUACUCCUUUCUGAGUCUCAUCAUUUGCAAUGACGAGCCACAAUUGUUUUAUUAAAACUAUAUAUAACUUGCUUGCUCGCUCUGUCUGUCUGUCUGCCUAUGUAUGUAUGUAUGUAUGUAUGUAUGUAUGUAUGUAUCUAUCUAUCUAUCUAUCUAUCUAUCUAUCUAUCUAUCUAUCUAUCUAUCUAUCUAUCUUGGAGACAGGGACUCUCUAUGUAUUUUUUGCUGUCUUUAGAACUUAAGGUGUAGGCCAGGCUGGCCUCAAACUUACAAAGAUCCUUCUGUCUCUGCCUCUUGAGUAUUGUGAUUAAAGCCAUAUACCACCAAAAAGCCUGGCACUAUAUAUAUCAUAUAUAUAUUGUAUAUAUCAUAUACGAUAUAUAUGAUAUAUGAUAUAUAUGAUAUAUACAAUAUAUAUAUGAUAUACGAUAUAUCAUAUAUACAGUAUAUAUCGUAUAUAUAAUAUGUUAUUAACACUAUAUUAAUAUAUAUUAAUAGGUAUAAACUUUAAUCGAUAACUAGUGGCUAUAUUAAUAGAUAGUUGGGUAGGCGAGAGACGUCAUUUUUUCCUUGUUGGCCUGGCUCUGAAACAGCGAUGGAGCUGGACAACUGAUGCUGCACUGUUGCUUUCUCUUUCAUAGGGGAGAGGUAGGUCUUUCCCCAGUUAACACCUUAAAAGGAGAUGAGGAGAGAGCUGCUGGUGUAGUGGGACAAUUCCAGGCUCUUUCUGCAGCAACUCUGGACUCAUCAGCGUAGACUUGGGAGGAGGAAACUAGGGUUCUAAGUCAGGCACCACGAUGUCUGCAUGUAAUUCUAUCACUCAGGAGGCAGGAGCAGGUGAAUAUUUGCAAGCUGGAGGCCAGAUCUAGUGGGCAGUCUCAGAACCGCCAGGCUGCCUAGUGAGACCCAGUUUCAAAAGAAGUUGGGGUUCCAGAUGAACUGUUUCUGAAGGGCUCUGCCUAGGAGCUUUUUAUAAGGGGGUCAGGGUGACGGCCCAUUUACGUCACCUCUUGGAUCAGUGCUAGGCUGGCUGUAGAGCGCAUUGGGGUUCCUGCCCCAUUGGUGAAGGGCUGUCUACACGUAGUCUCAUGACCUCUGUCUAACCAGUUCUGACUGCUGCGUGCUUGUAAUUUACAAGAUAAUUAUUACAAUAACAGGAUUUAGUCAUUUGCAGCUGAGUUUUGAGGAAUUUCACACCCAACGCCCGAGCAGCUCACUUCAUCAGUGUGUGCGGGGUUCCAUGGCACAAUUACUCUGUCCAAACUAGAACCCACUUUUUCUGACGUGACCAGCUCAUUGAUUUGAGUUCAGUAAUCUUUAAUUGGGAUUGUGAUUUCAGAAUUACAGAUCAGUUCAAACUAUGUUACCUUUCUUUUUCUUUCCUCUUCCUCCUCUUCCUCUUCUUCUUCUUCCUCCUCCUCUUCCUCUUCUUCCUCCUCCUCUUCUUCCUUCUCUUCCUUUUCCUCCUCUUCCUCCUCCUCCUCUCCCUCCCCCCCACCCCGUGACCCCUUCUUCUUUGGAGGCAGGAUCUAACUCUGUAGCCCGGGCUGGCUUCAGACAUUCCUGAUUCAGCUUCCCAGGUGUGGAGAUUACAGGUCUACCAAUCAUAUGACUCUUCUCGGCAAGCUGAUUGAAUGGACCCAUGUUUCAGUUACUAUUUAUGGUUCACGUAAAGACAACCACAAGUCAGCCAUUUCUAUGCGAAGUGUUUCGAUCGUUUUUUUUUUUUUUAAACUUAAGAUGGUGAAGUAGGAAAUACAAUGUUUAUACAAUCAUACUCACUUCUCUGCCCUGGCACCUGCCUGCUGGGAGCCAUUCAAAGCUCAUUUUAGGGUGACAUACGAGUUCUGACCUCAUGACUGUUCUGUUUGCUCCUUUGACAAAUGUGAUCACGAGGCCUUUUAACGGUGUACUCUGACUGGGGGAGUAAACCAACUUCCAACCAAACCGAGUCAACCCCUCAAUCCUAUUAAGCAGAAAAUGCCCCAACGCCAGUAUAUGAAAAUGCUUUUCUAGGAUGAGCACAAACCAUUUCGUCCUCCAAAUAAAAUCUAUCUGCUCGCACUUGGAUUGUUCAAAGGCAGAUGGUAAGCAAUUGAAACGGAGAGGCAAGCUGGCAGAAGGAAAAAUAAAACCACGAAUAUCUGUACAUGAAGGUGAUCUACGCUCUUGCCAACCCCCCUGCAACUUCGUUAGCACAACAGUGUAGCAGUUAUAAGUAGCAUGGGAACUCAGACUCAUAUGGCUAAUACAAUCGUCCUCUGUUAAUGGGGUGAAACAAAGCCUGCGUGUAAAUAUACAGUGCUGUUCACCCAAAUGCAGAGCUAAAAGAGUUGAAGGCGUUAUUGGCUGUAGAGCCCGAGCUCUAUGCUCUCUGAGGCAGAUAGCUACCUUAUUGACACCUCUGCUCCCCGCUCCACCUUAAUAGUGGGGCCACUGGUUUAAUACUUGGCUUUGUCCAGGUACCAAGUCUUCCAAGAAAAAGAACCAUGCAGCAGUUUGCAGCUUCUGAUUGGCGUCACUGUGUCCUGGGGUUGUGAAAAGGAAGGUGGUGACCAGCAUAUUAGAGCCAUCGCUGUGUGUGGGGGGCCCUGCAUUGAAUGCCAGGAGUGACCGAGAUUGCCAUGUGACUUUGGUGGGAAGGCCGCAUGAUGCAGAAGACCCUAGGACAUCCCUCAGCCUUGUCACGGGAUGGCCUUCCAGUCUCUGAAAAUCCCACACUUCUUCUUAACCUUGAACUUGAGCAUUCAGGGGCAGAAGGGCAAAGGGGGAGCUGGGUUCAGUGGAGGCUGGGUGUUUAGUUGCAGCAAGGCCAUCUGUGGCCCAGUGGUGCCAAACUGUGGUGCUCUGAGGGUGUGUGAACCAGGGCGUCGAUCCAGACUGCGGAAGGGGCAGCUCACAGAGCAGGUGGGUGUGGUGGAGGAGGAGGGGAUUUGGUGGCAGGAUGUGAGAUGAGUUGACUCGGCUGGAAACCAGUCUGGGGAUGUCCACAAGGAAUAAAAGGAGAAGAUCACAGAGAGGGGCCUUCUGCAGGGGAGAAUUGACUGCAGGCUGGAACUGAAGAAAGGUUUGGGCUUCCACAAGCAGUCACUUGUGGGAAAAUAUACUCCAGAGGCCUAGCAAAGGCUGUAGAAAGGGAGGGGCGUGUGUGUCAGUUUUCAACACCUGGAAAGAGACUUUCAGUGAGGGAUCACCUACAUCGGGUUUUGAUUGCUUCUGUCUUGAUCAUCUCAAUUGGUGUUGGAAGACCCACCUUGAAAAUGGCUGGUACCGUUCCUGGGCUUUAGACCCUGGACUUCGUAAGGGGGGGAGAGAGAGAGAGAGAGAGAGAGAGAGAGAGAGAGAGAGAGAGAGAGAGAGAGAGAGAGAGAGAGAGAGAGAGAGCGCGAGCUGAGCACUAAGCACGGGUGCAUUUGUUCCUCUCUGUCCUCGACUGUGGUUGUGAGGUACCAACAAUCCCAAGCUCCUGCUGCCAUGGCUUCCCAGCAUCCUGGGAUUGUGAGCUAAAAUAAACCCCUUCUCUCCUAAAUCGCUUUAUGCCAGUGUAUUUUGUCACCACCACACAAAGGAAACCAAAGCAAGGGGGGUCGUGGAAAGGAGAAGUCUUACGUAAAGAAAGGUGAGAGGAUCAGGCCUAACCUUUUGGACUUCAAAAGGUCAUUCAGAGUUCCUAUGUGAAGUAUCCUUGAAGUCCUGAUUAAAGAAAGUAUGCUGUUGGGCGGAUGCAUUCCUUCAGGAACCCCAUACCUCUAAAUAGUAUAAUUGUAAGUCCAUAAUCACUGGUCACUUUCCUCAUCGGGGAGCGUGUCUCGCCCGUACCUCUUACCAUGUUUUCUUGGGGAGUGGGGAGCUAAUGGGCCUGUUUGAUCUUGGCUAAUGACGCCAGUGACUCAUGUGUAGAAUAGAUGGUUUCUUUCCUUCUUUCCAUUCACACUCAGAUCCAGGGAGUUUAAGGGACAGGACUUAGAUGAGUUGAGCAUUUGCUCUAAGCAGGUAUAUUUCUACUAACUAGUGCCAGACUUCCACAGACAGUUUGUCCCAGAGCAGUGUCUCCUCACUCGCUGCCUUUCUCGAAAGUACUUAAGAGUGAUGCAUAUUGGACACAUCGCUUGGCCUGUACCUUGGGGACAGGCAGACUACCCCUGCAAACAAUGCACGGAAUUCAGCUAACAAUAAAGAACAGCUUGUGCGCGUGGCCAGAUCACUUGCUUCCUUCCUGUCCUGCCUGGGUUUUUGAGAAGUUCUUGCUUAUGAAUUCCACAGGCUCUGGGACACAGCCUAUAAUCUGCCAGAGGAUGUUCAGAUGGCUGUGUGGAGGAAGAGGGAAAGCAGGGAUUCUGAGCCAGGGAGCAGAUGGCUGGCCUAUGACCUGGGAAGGGACGCUUCAUCUCCGAAAAUUAAAAUGCGGCUGUUUACCCCCUUUACACGGAGUUUUCCUUCAGGGGUGCCCAGUCUCCAAGGUGGAAAAUUCUAGAACUGAUACUUCCCUCGAGGGUAGACGCACAACUUCAUGUGUCGCUUUCUGUGAGGCUCUGCAAAAAGAACCUGAGAAUUUUCUCUGCUCAGCCCCGUGUGUGACCCUUCCCAACUGUGCAGUGUGGUCAGAGCCCAGGGGAUUUUGUGGGUUUGUUUUUGGUGUUUCCCUGUCGUGACCCAAUUGUUCAGUCUGGCGUUUGAGAGACAGCUGUUUUCUGAACUUCUUUUCAAGGAAAGCUUGUCCUCUGGCUGGGUCGGAGGGGACCUGGAGGAGUAGAGGUGUCUGAUGCUUAUGAGGCCUGUUUCUGAAUCAACCAAUGCUCGCUUCCCUAAGGGAAGACAGGUACUUGUUGAUCACCUGGUGGUGGUUAUAGCCCCAGUCAUUGUUUAUUGAAGAUACUUAACGUGCUGUGCUUUGGGUUGGCAGAGCUGGCCCUUCAUCAGCCCCGGGGACAAGCUAAUCCUCUAAUGUGCAUAUAUUUGUAACCAGUUGUAUAUGUAGCCAACAAAUUGAUUGGGUCUCAUUCUCCAACCUGUGAAAGUUUAUUAUCACAAGCAGGGGGAACAAUGAGGGGAAGGGGAAGAUUGACAGUGUAGUUUAAAGAUAGGUGUGUGAGUGUGUGUUGUGUACUCAAGUGUGUGUGUGUGUGUGUGUUUUAUAGAUAGGUGUGUGUGUGUUUUAUAGAUAGGUGUGUGAGUGUGUGUGUGUGUCUGUGUGCGCAUGUGUGUGCACAUGUGUGUCUCUGAGGAACAUUUUCUACAUGUACGUGCAGAAGUGAGAGGUAAAUGCGGAAUCCUUUAUGUGAUCCUGUCAGAUCAAGAUCCCUUUUGGUUUUGUGUGUAUAACCACAAAAUUGGACAUAAAACUAAUAUUCCAUAUAUAUUUGUUGAAAGAACGAGCGUGUCUAAAACAGAUCGUGUGAAUCAGUGUUAUGGUUAAUGGGGUGAAGGGGCUUGCUGUGUGAGCCUCAAGGCCUGAGUUCAAUCCCCAGAAGCCAUGUGAAGGAGGAAGGGAAGAGCCAACUCCACACCAUUGCCCUCUGCCCUCCAGAUGUGUACACGAGGCUCUCCUCCACGCACGUGUGCGCACAUACAUACAUGUGCGCGAGUACACACACGCACACACGCACACACGCACGCACACAUGCACGCACACACAUGCACACACACACACCACAGACACACACUACACACACAGACACACACACACAUCAUAUACACACACAGACAAAAACACACACCACAUACCACACACACACACACACACACACCACAUACCACACACACACACACACACACACACACACACACCAAAUUGCGUGCCCCUCUGAGACUGAUGCUGGGCUCCAGGAUUCAGCUGAACUGUUGGCAAGGGUGAUGCCUGUUUGCAGCAAGGCCAGCUAGAGUGGGGGACUUUAGACGUUUUCUUCUGCAGGGAGAACAGAGGGCAGUUUUCAAAUUUCCCUUGUGUCUUCAGAUUCUUGGGUCGUGUGUGAGAGGCACUGGGGUGGUUCUCAGACUGAGUUUCUGCUCGUUGUUAAGUCCUUUGAUCAGGACUACAGCAGAACUAAAACUCUGCUUCCUGCUCCAAGUAGUAGUAGAACUUACAGAUCUUUGUGUGUGUGUGUGUGUGUGUGUGUGUGUGUGUGUGUAUGAGCAUUCAUACAUCCGUGCUGCCUUUGGCCUGUUUUGUCAGCCCUACGCAGAGAUCUACACAGAGACUGCUUCUUUAGCAGGUAUAAGGCUGUUAUUCUGAAUCCUCCUGGUAUUGUGGACCAGAAUGUAGCCAGAAGAGCAUGAGCCGUGCAGAGUAGCCUAGUGACGCAGAUUGGUUGGACAAACACUCAAGGAAUCCCUGUGAGAUGCUAGGUAUUGAAAUUAGCAGUGUCACUUUGACAACUACUUGACACAAACAAGUUUCUUCUGGAGGGAAGAAACCUUGGUUAGGGCCUGGGGUUUUCAGAAGUGUCAGUCCAUCAUGGUAGGAACUGUGUGGCAGGCCAGAGCAGCUUGGAUUGCUAUAACUGAGAGCCAAGGAGCAAGGAUGUGGGGCUACCUACUUCUGUUUCCCCCUCUUCCAUUCUGUCAGGGCCCACGGCCUGUGGGAUGUUGCUGCCUGAAUCCAGGAUGGGCUUUCUCUUCAAGUUGAUGCUCCCUAGAGGGGCAGCCUCACAGGUGCACCCAGAGGUGUGCUGAGGUGUCUUCCAGGUGCUUCUGAGCACCGCCAGCUCACAAUCAAGAUUAGCCAUGGCACAAGGGGGCAUGAAGGGCCUCUGACUUAAGAGGCUGGCUGUGGACCAUGGACAAGCUCUUGCCGUUGGCCCUCAGGGAAGUCAUGAGACUUCGCCUUUCAUGGAGCUUCCUGUUUUUUACCUGCAAAAUGAGGAUGGUAACACCAAAGUGUCUAGGCCAAGAGCCUCCACCAAACUCUAUGCGGCAGGCAUCUGUGUAUUCCAGGGUAGCGUCCCCUCCUAUGGUUUCUGCUGUGGUCUUUCCCUCCAUUUUUCGGGCCUCAUUUACCUGUGCCAGAAUCUACGCCAGUGUACACCAUGCCCUCACCAUCCAGUUAACCAAGAAGGGCUUUGAAUGGCCAAGUAACGUACCUGUCACAUUGUUAUUUCAAGGACUCAGUCAAGGAAACAAAUAUGAAAGGGAAGGUGUUUAGAGGUCCUUUGAGGAUAUCCUGGCACAGCCAAUCCCGGCCUUAAUGUCAGUGUGAUGACUUUUGCUCAUGGCUACUGUGUCUCCUGCCCCAGGGAAUAAAAUCUACUGAGGGCAGGGAAGAUGUCCAAGCGUUUGUCUGGAGCUCGGUACAGUCGGGGCAUGGUUUCAUUAGUGACCAAAGCUCCCGGGAGUUGUUUCACGCCUGCCUUCUGCAGUUCACGGGGUGGUACCUUCUUCCUCCUGGCUCUCUGUCCCCCUGCAGAGAGAAUUGUUUCUGACUGUCUUAGGAUUGCUUUUUCUGUUCUGACUAUAUCGUGUUCAUUUGAAAAGAAUGCUAUACAUCAUUGUACUGGGGGAUCCCCAGAGAAAGAGAACCGGUAAAUUUUAUGCACGUGUUAAUUCAUACACCAGUUAAUUAAUUAAGAUGUAUUAGCUCACAUGACUGUGGAGGAGGAGGGGAAUGUGUCCUGUGAUCUUCUGCUGUCUUCAGGCAGGAGCCCCAGGAAAGCCUGUGGUAUAAUUCAGUCACAGUCUAAAGGCCCGGUUACUCAGGUUGCUGGGGAGGAGCAGAGGAGAUGAGCUAUCGCACUCAGACUAUGGAGCAGGAGGGGAAAAGGCCAUAACUGAUGGAUUCUCCCUUUUUCUGCUUCACGUUUUCCAAGCCUCAGAGGACUAGUUCAUGCUGUCCUCACGAGGAAGGGUACCACUCCUGAAUCUACAGCUUCAAAUACUAAGACUACCUAGAAACAGCCUCAGAGAAGAAUUCUGAGAUAAUAGGAACCUCGUGAUCCAGGAAAGAGUAUACGAGAAAUUAACACAGGUAUUAAUGUCACCUGAGUCGAAAGCAGUGCUCUGACUUUUGUGUGUGUGUGUGUGUGUGUGUGUGUGUGUGUGUGUGUGUGUACAUAUGUAUAUGUGCACACUCAUAUAGGAGUAAGACCUUUAAAACAAUCUGAAUGUACAGGAAGGAAAGAUCUAGCAUAAACACCAGUUUUUUUUUCUUACCCAAGUCUUUGACUCUGUUGGAAUAAAAGGUGGGUAAGUUGUGUGUGGUUUUCUUGUUAGAGUUAGAGUUCUUUAUGAAUGAGUGAAGGAUUGAAUGAAGAAAAACAUGACUUUUCCCUACAGGUUCUUUUUCUCCCUCAUUCCCCUAGACCAGGAGACACUCAUUUUCUCCUCUUCUGGACAGACUUGUUACCAAGUUCACGUGUAGCAUGUUAAAUGGCCUUGGCGCUUCUCAAGUCUAUAAAUAGGUACUUUUUAAAAAUGGGGCCACUGUGGGACCCAGCUAUUCUUGUCACUCUCUUUUCUCUUCCCAUGGGGAAAUGGCACAUUUAGAAAGAGUGCGUGAUGCUGGAUGCUUUGUCUCUGUCACAGGCCUCCUAUCAAAGCGAGAGUAACGCUCAGACUUGCUUGUUGUUUUGGGCGGGCUUUUCUGUUGUUUUGUUUUUUGUUUUUGUCAACAUGACACAAGCCAGUGCCAUUUGAUAAGAGAGAAUCUCAAUUAAGAAAAUGUUCUCAUCAGAUCAGCCUCUAGGCAGGCCUGUGGGGCAUUUUCCCCGUUUGACUGAGGCAGGAGAGCUCAGCUUACUGCAAGUGGUACCAUUGCCAAGCCGGGGGUCCUGGGGUGUUGAAGCAGCACUUCCCCAUGGCCUUUGUUUAGCUUCUGCCUACUGAUUCUUGCCCACUUGAGUCAAGUUCUGUUGGUGUCUCUGAAGGAUGUGCUCAAGUGACUGUAACCUGUCAACCAAAUAAACCCUUUGUCUUCAGGUUGGUCAGUGUUUUAUCACAGCAGUGGGAAGCAGACUAAGCUCCAACAAGCAGACCACGUACUGCUGGUCUCCAUCAUUCUGGCACACACACCUCUUCACUGCCGUUCUCAAGCAUCCCUGCGCGUCUUUGAUGUUAGCGCAGUGCUGUUAGCAUGGCUGAGCGUCAAACCUCGCUGUGCCCUUUGUUAAACUGUUUCCCAGUGUCUUCGGGUUUAUUUGAAAAGUUGAGAGAUGAGCCUUCCAGUUCCCUGGCUGUAAGGGCAUUUCGACCUUUGAAAGGAUGCAGGUGAAGUUUUAAUCUUUCAUACCUUUCUUCCAAGGAACAUUCAGGUCAUCUCCGUUAUGACUUAAAAUACCUGGCACUGCCUUGGUUCUUAGUAGAAAUAAAGAACUUACAUUUUAAGAGGCAGCCCAUCAACCUAAUUCAAACAUAUCAUUUGCCCUUGUUGGGGUUUCGUUUAUGUUUCCAUUGGAGACGGGGGUCUCAUGUAGCCCAGGCUGGCCUUGAAUGUAGCUGAGGAUGACAUUGAACUUCUGAAUCUCUUCAGCACUACUGCCUGAGUGCUGGAAUUAGAGGUGUUUACUUCUGUGACUAGUUUAUGUAGUAGUACUGGGAUCAUGCAUUCUAGGCAAGCGCUCUGAAUUAGCUACAUAUUCAACCCAUUUCUGUACUUGUGUGUGUGUGUGUGUGUGUGUGUGUGUGUGUGUGUGUGUGUGUAUUUGUGUGAACCACAGUAGGUACAUAUGGAGUUCAGUAGCCCAGGCUGGCCUCCAUUUCAUAGUAGCUCAUCUGUCUCAGCCUUCCAAAUUCUGGGAUUAUAAUCAUGAACCACCUCACCCAAUAAGCGUUUUUUUGUCCUCUGUGUCUGCCCCAUUCCCCUGCGCCCUUUCUGAGCUGCUCCUGGUAAAGGAUUUUUGCUUGUUUGUUUUUUGGCUAAGAACCUUUCCCUCCCUUUGUGCAGCCCCUGACUUCGCCCUCCAAGGUCCGUAUUGCAUGCCCAGUCAGGGCAGGAAGUACUCUGGGUUGAUAUUCUUUCAGCCAGUGAUGAACUUCCUCCAUUGAGGACUUGUUUAAGGGGAAGAGCCCACAGCAAAGUGCUUGUUGAAGCCAUAACCUAUCCCUGUCUCACCUUCCUACAGCUGAGAGAGAUCUGCUUAGAACCUAAUUAGAGCAUUUCCCAGUGGUGCUGAUGGGCUCCCCCCCCUACGCUUGACCACAUCUAUACUCAUCCCACCUACAGCAGACACUUGCUCAUGCAGGGGAUGGCCAGAGAGAAGGCACCCACCCCUUCCCCUUAAGGCUCCUUUAAGUGUUUCUCUCUUUCUCCCUGCUGCAAUCUUUGUUUGUUCUCCUUUUGUGAUGUCCUUUAAAGCCUGUGAGAGCUGGGGAUGUAGCUGAACUAUACAGCACUUGCAAACCAUCUUGGGGCUCUGGGUUCGAUUCUCAGUGCUUCAGCAACACAAGGCAAACAACAGCACAGAUUACUUUUGGAUCCUGACGUAGAUAAUGUGGGAAAUUGGGCUACUUUAAAGCCACUGUGGUCUGGUCAGUGCUUCCUGGUGGCAUUGGCAAAGAGAUCCUGGUGGGAGAUCCUUUCCAGCAUCCCAUGGAAAUGAAUUUCUUCCUAUUAAACAUGGCUGCUGUCCCCACCAUGUACCCUACUGUGUAUGUAGGUGUUAAAGAUGCCCAUUUGUCACCGUCUGGCCUCUGUAGCAGCGGGAACACCCUGUAGCCCAUUAGGUGUAUUUGCUUUUUUUGUGGUUAGCGUGUAUAUGGAGUGGUAUGCGUGGUCCCACUUUCUUUGUUCUCACUUAUCUGAACGAUUUGCCUUCUCUAGCUUUCCAGCAAGCAUGGAUGAAGUUAAAGCUAACUAUUUAUACUUUCUGAAAUGUCAUGCUGUUUCUCCUGUGCUUGGUUUUGUUUGUUUGUUUUGGUUAUGUAUCCUGUGGGAUGCUGGGAAACGCAGGAGGUAUGAGUGGAAGCUUCGGAUUAUGGUGCUCCAUUCUACCCGAGGACAAAGGACCCAAUAAGCAAAUCUUUGGUGCAUAUUUUUGAUAGUACUCUUUUUUUCUUUUCUUUUCUUUUUUUCGGAGCUGGGGACCGAACCCAGGGCCUUGCGCUUGCUAGGCAAGCGCUCUACCACUGAGCUAAAUCCCCAACCCAUGGUGCAUAUUUUUAAUUUACAUUCCUUGUAGCAGCUAAUUAUUUUCCUUUAAAGUAUAAUUCAACUAAGAUAAAAAGUUUAAACUCACUAGUUUAGCAACUGAAUUUACCUAGGUUUUUUUUGUGACCCUAGACUGUGACCAGUUUUUGGCUCCGAUGACUGUUCCACCAGAUCACAUGACUUUCUCAUUAAUUUGUGGUCCAAGGCUGGAGAGAGGAAGGGAACAUGCGUGUCUUGGGAAUUCUUUUUAAGUGUGACUUUUACUUUCUGUCCCCUUUGCAUCUCAGGAAACUUAAGAGCAGACUGUGGGCCCGAAUUUAGAGUUUGUUUUCCUAGAAAUGUCACUAGACUAUAAACUCAGAAACAGUAAACUCAGAAACAGAUUGCCCCAAGAAAAAUUCCCUAACGAGUUGUUAUUUCUCCUCUUAUGUCACCUUUUCUCUUGUAAGAUUAUGUCUCAGAACAUAACUUCACAGUGUCCUCAAACUUCCUGGCUAGAAACAGUCUCUUAGGAAGGGAGUUGAUAAUUAAUUCAAUGAAUACACAUUACCUCGUGGACAGACUAAAGGACAGACAUCUGUCAGAGUCAGAAGUGGUCCGUAGAUGUUGUUGGGCUUGCAUGUAGGGAGGUUUGGGAAUGAUUUGACAAAUCACUUUUACUGGGGCUUCUGUUAAUGCAAAAUGACCUUGUUUACACAACACCACUGUUAGCUCUUUCAACAACUAGACAGUAACAGCAGGUGACAACUGGGUUUUCUUAUCAGCAGAUAGUUCAGUUCUAACAAUCCAUGGUAUCUCAUAUAUGGUGCUUUUUGAUAAGUCAAAUAAGCAUCUAGUUUUAUUAUUCUUAAGAAAAGGUUUUAUUUAGUGUGUGCUUUGUGUAUGUGUACCGUGGGAAUGGGGAGAGAAUGAAUGAAUAAAUGAAUGAGUGAAUAGAUGAAUGAUAGGGACCCCUGUGUGUUGUUGUUUGCUUUUGGAGGUUAGAAAACAAAUUUUAUGGCCAAAAUGUUCUCUUUCCACUAAAAAAAAAUAUAUUAGUAAUCUGUCUCCCGCCUCCCUUCCUUCCCUGCCUCCCUCCCCAUGUAUGUAUGCGUGCAUGCGUCCCCCAUCCCCUACCCCCAUGUAUGCGUGCAUGCGUCCCCUGCUGGUUGUUUAUGAGGUGGAGUCUAUCUUAACUGUUUCUGCUUCUGUACUGCAUACACGAGUUCUCUGCUGCAUCACCUUCCGCCCUCUUUCUCGCAGUAGGGAUGCUAGGAAUAAGAUUACACACACCAGCCACAGCACCCAGGUUUUUAACGUAGGUACCAUGAAUUAAAUUCACUUGGUCAGGAUUAUACAGCAUGCACUUCUACCGGUGGGGCCAUCUUGCUGGCCCAAACAUCUUGCUUUAGUUAAUUUUAAGACAUUCUUUUCAUCCCUCUGAUAUUUUGCUAAUGAAGUUUUUCCAUCCUGAGACAAAUACAUUCUAUUUUUACCAUUUAGCUUUAAAACGUUUAUUAGCCAUUUCCACAUAUGUUCAAAAGUAGGAAGAACGAUUGACCAUUUUACACACAUAUCACUCAGCUUUGACAGUUACCAGUGCAUGACUAAUCUUGCCCUAUGCCCUUCCACACUUUGCAUCCCUCCACUAACCUGUUAUUUUAUAGUACUAUAUAAAUCCCUUGUAAUUCCUCCUAUAAACACUUAAAUAUGUCUUUAACAUCCUUUAAAAACAAACAAAAUGCCAUCAUUACAACUAACAAAGCUAACAGUAAUUUCUUCAUAUUAUCUAAUUACUACCUAGAGUUCAAAUGUAGCAUCUAGACGGUACAGAGGACUGAACUAGUAAAACGUAGUCUGCGUGGGUUUCAACUUGCACACAGAGAUAAGUGAAAUUAAAACACAGUUUGCUCAUGAUCAGGGCUCUCGGCGAAACACCCUGGGAUAUGUGAGUACCACUGUGGAGGUGGGUGUUGCUCCUCUCCGUAGUAUGCUCCGAGAGGUUCUAAGAAGGGGGCACGAGAGCUGAGGUCAGCUGACAAGGUGACGCUUGCCGUAUGGAGUUUGGACUGUCCUUCGAGUUGGCAAACUUUUCUCCUGGUUAGUGCAGAAAGUCACCAUAGCUGUAUGGUGAUCUUUGUGGUAAUUCAUGGUUGAGUUGUGAUGAUGAUGAUGACAAUGACAAUGAUGAUGAUAGGAACUGAGUAUCCAGGAUUCCUGUCAUAAGAUACCAGCCCCAUAGGGCACAACUUUCAUGUGCCUGUGAGAAGUAAGCUUAUUUUCUAAGGACGUCUUCCUUCUUGGAUUUGGGGCACUUCCUGAUUCUUUCUGGGUAAAAGUGACAUUUCCCCCUCCUCUCUCGUGACUUUUAAUACUUCUUCUCUGGGUGAGAACCAGGAAGUAGGAAGUGAGCCUCUAAAACCCAACAGUGCAUUUUCUCACGCACGUGAAUGUUUCUGUGGCUGGUGAAAGGAAGGGAGGGUGCUCGAGAAAGCUGGUCUUUAUCAAAUCUAACUUAAAUGCAGUAGCAAACGGCGAGUGGAGUCUUGCCUUAAUCUUUUCUGUAGUGAAGGUGAAAUGGGGUAUUAUGCUGGUAUAAUUGAACGAAGGUAGCCGAUCCCGCCUUUGUCUUCUGAGCACUGAGAGGAGAAUGUGGGAGAAGAGUGCUCACAUGCACACAGAGUCUUCUCUGCCCUUCUCCCAACACAGCCAGCCACAGUCAGACUAAACAUUUGCAGACUUUUCAGAGUCCACAGUGGAAGCUUUUGUUGAUUGUCAUACUUUUCAACUCACGAGAAAGUCUUCAGAUACAGUGUUCGCCACCGACGUUAACCCAGAGGAUAAUUCCUCUGUGUUUGUUAUCUGCAAUGGUUCCUGGUUGUGCAAUCUGAGCAGCUAUGAUUCUUCCUCAUUUGCCUGUGCCCUGCCAGCCUCGGGGAUCUUAUGCUCAUUCCCAAGCACCGUUGGGGUUUUCUUCCCAGCAGGUAGACAGAACCUUAAAGAAGAUUCACUUUAUCUUUGUCAUCUCAGUUCCUCUAUGGCUGAAGCAUCCAAGGGUAGACCAGAUAACUAUUUCUCUCAGCCUGACAGGAAUUUAUCAUUGUGUCUCUUAGGAACCCUUGUGACUUUCAGAGACCAUUUUCACACACCUUGAUUUGUCAGAGGCUGUGUGAGAAAUGACCACAAUGGUACACAGAUUUCUUAUCAACAACUCAGACUUCUUCAGUUCUCAGUGCCUCUGAUACUUAUUAAAAAAAUUGCAUUUAUUUAGUGUAGGGGGUUAUGGGGGGUAGGGGGAUGCAUGUGUCUGUAGAGAUCAGAGGAUAACUUGUCAGUUUUUCCUUCCAGUCUGUGAGUCCUGGGGAUUAAACUCAGUUUAUCAGGUGUGGCUACAGAUGUUUUACCCAGUGAGCCAUCUGUCCACACCAUACUUUACAUUUAAGUUUGCCAGUGAUUUACUAAGACAAGGGUCUAGUCCUGAAGCCCAGACUAGUCCGGAACUCAUCAUGUACCUCAGGCUGGCCUUGCUCCUUUUGCUGUUUUACUUCUUAAAUGCUAGGUUUGUACAUGUGUGCCAACAGACCCAAAAUGACUUAAAGGGGCAGGGGGUGGAAGAUGGGGAGGACAGGCUUACCUAUCCCUGGGUGAUCAAUUCCUUUAGCCAAGAUCCUUACGUAGGAAAAAAAUCAUUAAAUUAGCGAAACACCUCUGGACAAAGGACCACAAUUCUCAUUGCUGGGAGAGUGCAUUUAGACAUUUUGAAAUAUUGUUGACAAAGGAAAGCAUGGUGGCCGUGGUCCUCCCCUUUAAGGAGUUUGCAGCCUGGUUGAGAUAAGUCACAGUACAAAGUGGUAUGGGAUCAGUGUGGAAAGCUGAAGGACUUUAAAGAUAUAGAGGGUUCUUCAUAUUAGGAUAGUAAGAGUAGUCAGAACGGCUUACACUCCCUAAGCGUGUGCUGCACGCUAAGUACUGAUCACACAUCGCUAGGUGUUCCCUCAUUUGAUCUUUGGGUGAUAAUGUGUCAGCCAUGCAAAGCAGGCAUUUCUCGGGCUCCCGUUUUACAGCUCUGAUGCUAAGCAAGGAUAGACCAGGGGAUGCUGGGGCCUCUGUCAGGUUCUGGGUGCCUGACUCUAGAACCACAGUCGUUUCAGUGCCAGUGCCCGGGAAGACUUGACCAAAGGGAAGCUUUAACCAAAGAAAGCAAACCGUGCCCUGAAGGAAAGGCUACAGGGAAAUAUUUUAAGGGCCCCAGUGUGGCCGAAGGCACUUGGACUUGAUCCAGUAAGUAGUUGGAGAACCAGUGAAUGAACUUGGAAAGAAAAUAUCAUGAUUGCCCUGAGGGGACAGAUGUUACCAAGCAUUGUGUGGCAGACACUAGGAUUAGAGCUUGGGCUUUCUGAUAGUUUCUGCUCACCCUGUCCUGUUUGCUGUCCCUUUGACGUGCAGUUAGCUCCGUCUCCCUUGGUCUUGUGGGCUCAGUAGCUCCCAGUUCUCAGUGAAAUAGGCACACCCUGUCCCUUUGGUUAUUGGGGCUUCCUGAAUAACCCUGGGGAGCCCAAGAUGCUGUUGCAGACACUGCCACAGAGGAAGGGAAAACAGCAUAGUGUCCCUUUCAGGGAUCUCUGGAUAUGAUGUCAAACAACUCAGAUUUCAGGGCAGCCUUAGGAAUCCAAAAGGAUGGCAACAUGUGGAGCCCCCUCCAGGAUAGGGAUAACCUCAGUUGUCCUAACAGGUCCUUAUUUAGUCUCUAGGGGCUGACUAGAAGGAUCCCUGUCAGUUAAUGAAGACUGUGCUUAGGAACGGGUUAAGUCUGAGGCCAUCAUUUUCCUUUUCACGGUGAUUAAUUUGCAUUUCGGUGGGAGCCCUGAAUCAAUGUGUAACACCGGUGGUGGUGGGUCAAAAAAAAAAAAAAAGCCAAUGUUCACUAUUAAGGGACACAGGGCUCCAAGAAGGGUUCCAAGAAGGAACAAAGGUUAGUUGCUACAUCUGUUUCUCUAUUAGACAAAGAAAAUAGGUGAUGAAGAAAUGUUUUGGCAAGACCUCAUGAAGAUCGGUUACAAGGAAGCAGGUCCAGGACUCAAGCAGGCAGGGAUAAUUGGAGAAGAGUUGCAUAGAUUGUGAAGAGCAUUUCAAAGUCUGCAAAUAGAGGAGGACCUUUGUAUCCUUGAAGGUUCAGGGACAGUGCCCUGUUACUCUAAAAGCUUUAUGUUGGGAGGAGAAUCUCUGUACAGGCUGAAUCAGGAGAGGAAGGUGCUGCUUUGAGUCAGACCUGGGCCAAGUGGGCGGGUUUUGAAUCAGAUGACUUCUGAGGUGUGUUUUGAAUAGUUAAUGACACCACAUGGCUCUUACUGCUUUAAAAAUUAUUUUAUUUAUUAUUAUGGUGUGUCUAGUUUGUGUGUGUGUGUGUGCGCGCGCGCGCGAGCGUGUAGGUGAGGACAUCAGUGGACGUCUUUUGUGAGUCGGUCUUUUCUUUCCACUUUGCCUUUGAGGCAGGGUCUCUCUUGUUUCUGCCGUGCUGCAUAUUCCAGAAGGGUUGGCCGAGAGCCUUCGGCUGUCUCUGCUUCCUAGCUCGAUGUCAGAAUGUUGUGAUUUCAGAUAAGCACCGCCAGUCCUGGCUUUCUUAGGUGGGUCCGACUCAUGCCAUCAGGUUUGCAUGGCAAACGCUUUUUACCACUUGCCGGCCCCAUUCACUGGGAACUUUUUAAGUUUCGUUUAUAAUAAUGAACCAGUCGAUUUUUGAGUUAAGGCCUUACCAAGUAGACCAUCCUGGCUUGGCACUCAGUCUUCUUGCCUCCUCUUCCAGAGUGACGGGAUUACAGGUGUGCGCCCCUUGUCUGGGCAUCCUUUAUUUUAAACUCUGGCUAGUUUAUCAGGGGUCUUAUCAGGGAGCAGGAUGUGAAUUUGCUGCCCUCCUACAGAAAUGUUCACUGUUAGGCUAACAAGCAAAGUUACUUGGCGAGGCUACCGCAUGCUUUUCUGGUGCUAACGUUUCCCCUUUUUGUAAGAGGGAAAUUAAGUGGCAUCCGCUGAACUGUCGAGUUAGUGGAGUGUUUGGAGGAGCAGCAGCUCUGCCUUUGGGGAGCACCGGCUCCUUCUCAUUCCAUGUUUCUCCUGCCCCCAUCACAAGGUGUGUUUUCUCCAGAGUCAUUUGUUCUCCCCUGGGACAAUUGGAAUCUCUCCCUCGUCUCCUUUGUUUUUUGUCUAACAUCUGUUCACACCCCCUCUCUAGGGCACCGUCCAAGCCUCACUGCUUGAUAUGCCUCCCAGAGAAGGUAGAAUCGAUUGGUUUUCAUGCACAUACAGGCGCAGGAUGAUGAUCCCACCAGGAGCCGAGGACACACCGUGUCACAGGACAGGCUUACGAUGCCAUUUGGGAAGGGUCAGCAUAUUUAGGGAUGGGAUGAAGGCUAGACCCUGAGUGCUCUGCGAUCUAAGGCAACUGAGAUGUGUUUAGUGUCAUCCUAAACUCUGGAUCUCUGGAUCCCCCUGCAAGAAAGAGACAGCUGUAUGGACAGAGGGCUUAUAGACUAGUCCUUUUCAACUGGUCAUCUACUCACAGGCUGGUGAGUAAGUUAGUUAAUGUUAGGACACACACACACACACACACACACACACACACACACACACACAAACCCCAUACAUGCACACACAUGCACACACAUGCACACAUACACACACCACACAUGCACACACACACACACACACUUGCGCGUGUCACGCCACACUCAUGUAUGUAACACCAUGUUACAAUAUCUGUGAACUUAUUUUUAAUAUUGGACUUUUACAUAAAGAAUUGGAUAUGUGACAGUUUUGCUUCAUAAUUUUACUUAGUAUAAAAUAUCUGAUAAGCAACUUUUCAGUCAGUUCCAGCUGCCCUAAUGGCUGUAAGAUUGGAAGUCUGGCAUGGUCAGUCACUGAUCAGGGCACUCCUCUGGGCCAUAGACGACUUCCUUCUCCCUGUGUCCUCACAAGUUGGGGAGGGCUCCCCAGUGUCUUGUUUUGUAAGCAUACAAACACCUUUCCUGAAGGUUCCACUCUCAUGGCUACUCCCUUUCCUGAGGCUCUGCCUUCCAGUGACAUCAUAGUGAGAUGAUGUCAUGGUGGUACACAGACCUCUCCCACCCACAGACAGAGCUAGGCUUUUGAUAAUGACUUAGGUCUGACCAGAGAGAGGUCUUCCCACACAUUCCUUCAUUGGCCUGAGGUGACCAUAUGGAUCCUGGACAUCCCUCUUCCCACUUCUCCCUCCCCCUCCCACUUAAACUUUCCCCCAUUUAUAUAUAGUUCUCAAAUGGGCAACUUAAAAAUAUAGAACAUAUACAUAAAAAAGGCUAUACAUAUACAUAUACAUAAAAACUGCUCUGUGUGCGAGCAUGCUCGGUUUAUUAACUUGUUUACAACAGCCAGAACCCACUACCACGCUGAACGCCCAUCAACAGUUAAGUAAAAAAAAAAAAAAAAAAAAAACCAAACUCUGCAUAUUUAUAUAUAUACACAUGUUCGCGUGUCCCUGUAAGAGACCUUUUUUGUACCCGUGGGUGCAUCAUUGGAAAGCGGCAGUGAUGCUGUAGCCCGGGAUAGAUCUGUGGGAAGCCCAGCAGAGACAAAGCUUUAGUACUUAUUUCAGUCUGGUGUGACGAAGAGCGCGAACUUCGUAGAUGAGACUCUUUCUUAGGUGCUUCUGUUUCUCCUCUCAACUUCAGAGACUCCUUCUGAGACUUCUUUCAUUGCUUAGAAGACAGCUGUGGGUAUACAACAGGUGCUUAUUCUAAACAUGAUUUCGGGGCCCUCAGUGCUGGUUGAUGUCAAGGGAUGUUAAAGUUCUCGAGCCUAAAACCGUGCCCCGCCGUACCGUCAUUUGCUCUCCUUGUGAGAUCGGUCGGAUCUCUGCAUUACUUUGCGUAGUAUCUAUCUCCUAUGAGCCAGGCCGACGCAGUCUGAAUAAGACUGGCUUCCUGCCCUUUUGUGAGCUAAGGUACAGGUGGUGGUACACGUUUGUAACCCCGGAGCUUGGCAGGCCAAAUUAGAAAGAUAAGGAAUUAAAAGCCUGGGCCACAUGGAACUCAGACAAACAAACAAACAAACAAAAAACACUUCUUUCUUUAAAAAGAUGUAUUUCCUUUUUAAUUAUGCAUAUAUGUAUGCAUUUGUGUGAGUACUGUGUAUAUACACAAGCGCCCGUGGAAUCCAGAAGAGAGUUUUCCAGCCCCUAGAACUGGAGUUACAGGUGGUCACGAGCCACUUGGUGUGGGUCCUGGGAACCAGACUCUGGUCCUCUGGAAGAGCGGAGAGCGGUGUGCACGCUUUACUGCUGAGCUAUCUCCAGACCCAGCAAGUAUCCCGUUGAUCCAGGAGGAAGAGGCUAUGUUCAAGUAGAAAAUUUGUCAUGCUCUGUGUUCUACCAGUAGGUCACUGAGAGGGAAGGCUCACUGGGGAGAAAAUGAGGCGCCAGUGUGAGAUCUGCUAAUUGGAGGAAUGUGAGCUCACAGACAGAAGGAAGGCGGGUAGGGUAGAGCAUUUCAGAGACAGAAGAGGCAGGGGAACACGGCACACCCAGCAUGGAGUAGAACAUACCACACGCAGUUUAGUAGACACAGCUGAGGUGAUCCAUUCUUGGUGACGAUUGAGGUGAUGGCGUUCUUGAGUCUGCGUCAGUUUGGGGCUUUAUAGAUCCAAAGUCAUUUUUACCCAUUUCCAGUGUCUUUUUCACAACUUGACCUUUUAGGUCUGUGACACUCAGGGCCAUCCUUACACACCUUGCCCUCUGUGUCCUCCCCACUGGUUACAAGGGCAGGUCUGAUGUAUACCAUAGCAGGGGAAGACACCAGUGGCCUCUGGUCCUUUUCAGCCUGUUUGGACAGAUUCAGGACUGUGUUUGUGGAGAAGUAUUUUUCUCUCCAGAGACUAGACAGAAAUGACUCCAAGGGUAGGGGGGGCAACAGUACACGCUGGGAAGUUUCCGCUGCCCGCUUCUGGAGUCUUUUAGACCCGGCACUCUUCCCUCGCUCUUUCUGUCCCCAGCUGCUUCUAGCUAUUUGCUUUCUAGUGACGAAAACACUUGGGGGGCCGAGGGAUGGCUGCCUCACCCACACGUAUCCCUGGCCAUCUGUUCUCGGAUGCUCUACGGCUAGCAGAGGGGGCUAGCAGAGGGAGUGAGGAUUUCAGGGAAGAGGACCAGAGAGGCCUAAUGGACAGCAGGAGUCUCUCUUUACAGAGAAAACAGCCAGUCCUCUGUGGCCAGUUCUUCCUCUAACUAGAGAGAUUAUAUAGCCUCUGCACACGUGAGUGCACACACUUGGGAAGAUAGGCUGGAGCUGUACCAAAUAAAAACUUUAUUGAAAUGGGUAAUUGCAGAGAAAUGCGUUGCAUUAUGUCAUGGUACAAUACAGUGUUAUAUUUUGGACGGCUUUGGGGAAAUCUUUAUUUUAGGUUUGUUUUUUCAAAUAUAUCAAAUCUAUCUGAAUUUGUUUUUCUCGUACCUUCACAGACUAAGGUUAAGAACACAUGGCCUAAAAUGUCUUAGCCCUGUACUCGAACCCCUUCCUCUGCAGUUCCUUUAGCUCAUAUGGUUUCCUCAUUUUAAAAUGGGUCACUAAUAAUACCCAGCUUCUGUGCUGGGUUACCAGGAAGGUUCUGCGAGAUGCAGUGCAUAUUAAAUAUUUCAUAGUAGUUUUUUAUGGACUUAUUUGAGUUUGGGACUCAUUUUUUUCUUUCUUCCUUUUUUUUUUUAAUGAAUUGUUUACCCAUUAGCAGGAGCCAGUCAGCGAGAUGGACACGUGAAAACCAAUGGACCACCUUCUGUAGUGUUCCCCUGGCUUCUCGGCUGGCUUGUUCAGAGGUUAGGUGGGAAGAUGGCAGGCUCAGACUGAAGGCACACCUCUGUGUCCUCACUUUCAGAGCCCAACAUUAACAAACUCUGUCUCUACAAAACCUCUUUAUCCACCUGGCUUCACCUCUGUUGGCUGUGGGCUUCUGUCUGCUUUUGUGUUUAGCUCUGCACAGUUGGAAUCCUUUAUCCAUAUGCACUGUGUGUUUGUCCCAUGGCUGUCUUCACACGACGUGGUCCUGCUGGUACACCGGAGAAGGUGGCCUCUGCUUACCCUGUACAAAUGCUCUUUUCCUUCUCUUUAAGGAGCUGGGAGAGCAUUGGGUUCUCCACUCAUUAGGUAUCAGGCUAUCACUCUGCUCUGGUUUUCUUAGACUGAUGUGUGAUUUUAAAAAAAAGGCCUGGAGCUUGUUACAUAAUGGCGACAUGUGUGUGACUCUUGGUGUGUCUCAUCUCUGUCAUGUCUGGAUCGAGAGUUUUAUUCAAGUCUGUGAAAAGGUACUGAAACAUUUAAAUGUGAGAAGCAUUUUCUGGUAUUCUUUAUGUUUGCCACAUUUAAGAUGGUGCUGGCCAUCUUUUUGAUGGUAUUAUCAAAUUCAUCCCCGGGUCACAAAAAUGCUAAGAAAGUCAGCGUGCUUUGAGUAGAUUUUAAAAGAACUGGAAAAUAGGAGUCUGUAUGUCUCUCUAUCUCUCCCAUGUAAUUUAGCAUUUUUAGAGUUAAAUAAGAAGGCGAGAUGAGGGUUGGAUUAUGGGGAAGACCAGAGAUGUGUGUAGAAAGUUGGAGACAAGAGUAAGGGGUAGCAAUAGAGGCUGUGGCAUUGGAGGAAUUAGGGUUCUUCCGUCCCUAUGGGAAUUCUUCUUGCAGGUUCUGGGGUUGGCCUGGAUCUUUCUAAUGUCCCUGGAUCCUGCUCAGUUGAUCUAAGUUAUACUACAGACUUGGCCAACUGUACACUGAGGUAGGAUGUGGGGGGUGUAGAGAGGGGAGGUAAACAAGCCAGAGACAGAUUUGUUCUAGUUAGGGUGGCUGCUCCCGGAAAGGAUGUCUUCUGAGUUCUGUCACAUCUGAUGGAUUCUGUGACGCAUGGAGUCAGAUCCUGAGAUGGUUGGGGCAGCCACCUUCACGACGCCAUUAUCUAGCUACCAUGUGGAGGGUGUGUCACCAGUCACCUGUGCUGGAGAUCUGGGAGCAUCCUGAAUGAUUGGUGGGGGGAUCCUAGAUGCUCCCCUUGUGCCCUGACACCCUACCCAUGGAUUCGGAGAGCUUUAGAAUCUCAUGUUCAUCCACUCCAAAGGUUCAGUUGGCUUUUUCCAUCUUGCCAGUGACCUCUUUCUUUUCCCUAGUCACCAGCUCAUGGGACAUGAGAAUUAGAAGACCCUUGACAUCUUUGUAGUCUAGAGUCUAACUCUUUCACUUCAGAGACGGUGACCCGGAAGGCCUGAGGGCAUAGAAGCAAUGCAUGAUAAGAAGAAAACAAUAUUGUUCUUUUACUGCUUGUUCUAGGGUCCUGUAAGUCAGACUAACACAAGACAGGCGAACAAGACAAACAGAAAGAUACCGCUUUUAUUUCCUUGUCGCACACAGUCCAGGUUCCCUUAAAGCUUACGGUGUAGCUAAGGCUGGUCUUGAACUUGUGAUCCUCCUGUGUCCGUCACGUCUCUGAAGUUCUGGGGUUUUAGUAGGCAUGUAAGGAAACAGUUUGAGAAAUGGCAGACCACAGCACAGGGAAAUUCCCAGUGAUACAGGGCUCAGAGGUGCAAAGGGGGUUUUUAUUUUGGGUUGUUUUCUUGGUGUAUGUUGCUCGUCACCCUCUGACCUUGACUUUAGAUGCUUUAGACCCUCUGUGUUUCGGUUCUCUCGAGUAGUGAGUAGGGACUCACGGUGCUACCUAAUGGAAGACAUCAGCUGUCACAUGGUCUUAUAGUCAGCCCAGCACGUAGUAGGUGCUCAGAAAAGAUUCCCCAUCCUUGCAGUUAUUAAGCGUUUGGCCUGUCUACUAGACUGUGGGCUCAGGAACAAUGACUACUUCUUACAUUGUUGUGAUCGGCACAUGAUUAAUACUCAGUGUUUGUUGUCUGGAUUGACAUGAGUUAAUCAAGAAAUCGUGGGGCCUACAACCCCACGGUUGCAAACGUUUGUUACAUGUAAGUGAACAGGCUUCCUCGCUGCCUUUUCAUCCCGUACCCCAACUGGUGAAUCCGUAGUGAGUGACGUUGGGCUCUUUGCUGAGGCAAUGGGGCCAGUGUUUUAUGUUUAUUGCUAUAACUCUGCUGAAGUUUCUUAGAAACUGACUCCAAUGGCAGAGACUUGUUAAGGGGUCACAGAUGUCAUACCAGCAAGUAAGACAUGUGGAGCUACUUGAGAAUUCUUCUAGCUGCUCCUUAUUGGAAAUAGCUUCCCUAGCUGAGCGUUCUCAGUGAUGGUUGUAGGUAGCUGUCCAGGCAGGGGCAGGACAAGGGACUAAACCUGGCUUCUCUGUGGGUACUGGGAGUCCAAAUCUUAACCAGUAAGCCAUUCCCACUAGCCCCAGAGCCCACAGGCUCACUAAAGGUGUUCCACUCUCCUGUAUUUAACAUGCAUUGGCUAACCAAGCAGCGUGUAGGAUUUGUGAACCUUUCCCUAACUAAAUCCCAAUCGAGUUCUCAUCGUGCCUGCAAGGUAAUGCAACUUGGCAAGAACAUUUGAACCUUGCCAAAGUCUCUUGCCUGAUCUGGCACUCAUGAAGGCUUAUUUGCCUAAUUUGAAAAUAAACUCAACACUAAACCCAAAAUACCUGAUUGGUGCCUGUUUGGUGAUGUAAGAAGCACUGUGAUUUUUUUCCCCUCAAAUCCUAUUGUCGAGGGGAAUAUUGUUACUGUUGAGUCGUAAUUCCGUGUUCUCAGUUCCCUCCCUGUUGUAGGGCUAAAUCUACAAGAACGGCAAUGUCAGGGUGCGUGCUUCAUAUGUGCGGUAUCUGUCUGAAUUCUGGACAUCCACACCAGUGUGGGUUUUCGAUUGCAGCAUAACAAGUUACCAGGAAAGUAAUUGGGGAAAACAACACGUUUUUAUUUUGGUUUCUGUGGUCCAGGAGACUGGGCAUAUAGUUUGCUUGGGUCAUGUGUGUAGGAUUUCACAAAGCUGUUAAUUAGUGUGUCAGCUGGGGCUGUGGUCUCAUCUGAGGCCUGACUGGCAAAGGACUUGAUUGCACUGGAGGAAUUUAGUGCCUUGUGGUUUUUAGGACAGAAGAUUUCAUUUUUUUAUUUCUCUCUAAGUCUGUCUCUGUUUCUGUCUCUGUGGGGUGCGUAGGUGCGUGUGUGCAUGUGUGUGUGUGUGUUUGUGUGGUGUGUGCGUGCAUGCGUGCGUGUGUGUGUGUGUGUGUGCGUGUGUGUGUGUGUGUUUGUGUGGUGUGUGCGUGCAUGCGUGCAUGUGUGUGUGUGUGCGUGUGUGUGUGUGUGCGUGUGUGUGUGUGUUUGUGUGGUGUGUGUGUGUGUGUGUGUGCGUGUGUGUGUGUGUGUUUGUGUGGUGCAUGCGUGCAUGCGUGCGUGUGUGUGUGUGUGUGCGUGUGUGUGUGUGUUUGUGUGGUGUGUGCGUGCGUGCAUGUGUGUGUGUGCGUGUGUGUGUGUGUGUGUGUUUGUGUGGUGUGUGCGUGCAUGCGUGCAUGUGUGUGUGUGUGCGUGCGUGUGUGUGUGUGUGUUUGUGUGGUGUGUGCGUGCAUGCGUGCAUGUGUGUGUGUGUGCGUGUGUGUGUGUGUUUGUGUGGUGUGUGCGUGCAUGCGUGCAUGCGUGUGUGUGUGUGUGUUUGUGUGGUGCAUGCGUGCAUGCGUGCGUGUGUGUGUGUGUGUGUUUGUGUGGUGUGUGCGUGCAUGCGUGCAUGCGUGUGUGUGUGUGCGUGCGUGUGUGUGUGUGUUUGUGUGGUGUGUGCGUGCAUGCGUGCAUGCGUGUGUGUGUGUGUGUGUGUGUGUGUGUGUGUGUGUGUGUGUAGGGCCCAUGGAAGCACAGGUCUUCUUCAAGUGUCAUUCCUCAGGAAGUAUUUGUGUUGUCUUUUAAGACAGGGACCCUGCUGACAGAAUAGUCUAGUUGGAUGGCCGGUGAGCCCAGGGAUUAUCCUGUCACCUCUCAUGUCGCCUCUUCCUAGUGAUGGCUCACUACUCUGCCUAGCUUUUUACAUUUGUGCUGAGAUCAUGGUCUGCUCCUCAUUCUGUAGUUAAAGUGCUUUACUGACUGAGGGUCUCCCUAGCACUGGGUUUUAUUUUUCCUUUAGCUAUUAGGUGGGAAGUUCCCUGAAAUUUCCUAUCCACAUGGACUUUCCAACAUAGACACCCUGCAGUAGAGAGCUGGUUCCUCAGAGGUUCCAGACGGGGCUGGGUCUUCCUAUGGCUCAAGCUUCCUUCCAGGCAUGGCCUGAAUUUCCCCAUCGAGAUUCCAAACUGCUAAAUGAAUUGUCUGCUGUUGCAAAGGGUCUGGUAACUGAAGAGGAAUGGGAGCUGACACCUGCACCCUCAGGACCCAGGAGGGGCAGGGCUGCUCUCUGAGGCCAGAGUGAGUUGUGUAGAGCGAGAAGGCUGCCUCAGAAGGAAAAUCCACCGCAAAAAGAAGAAGAAAGAGAGCCGCUUGGUAGCAAAAAAUAAACAUUUACUAAAGAUUCCUCACACGAGCUUCGUUCUCCGCACAGCGCCCGCGUUAGGUACCAUUACUGAGCAGAUAGAGCCAUUUGAGGGCCUGUUCCGUAAUGCUCAAUGCCGCCUGGCUUCACUUGGUUCCUUUCCUUUCUCGGAUACCUAAGGCAUUGCAGCAUCACCCGAGUCUAGUUCUCACAGGCUGCCCCUUUAAAGGGCGUAAUAAAAUGAAGGGAGAACAUCUGAUAACACGUAGAACACGGUGAAAAAAACAGAUUAAAAAACCCAGAAUGGGCUGGGUGUAGGGGGUGUGCCUGCCGUGCUAGAGCUCAGGAAGCUGACACAGGAGGAUGCUGUAAAUUCGAGAGUAGUCUGGUCUAUAGAGCAAGUGCUAGGCCAGCCAGACCUACAAAGCGAGAGCCUGUCUCAAAAGCCAGCAGAACAAAAGAUCCUCCCUGAGGACAUUAGCAGGAUCUACAUGUAAUGAUGGUAUUUUUACUGCACAUGUGAGUUCUCCAAAGUUUGGCCUCAUUUAAAAUAGCCUUUUUAAUUAAGCAAUAUCCAUUUUCUUAUUUCACAAAACAUGAAUAAUAUGGGAAAAGCAGAAUCUUUGUUUACUCAAUUUUCCUAAGCUGUAAAACCAUCUGUUUGUGGAUCUCGGGAGAUAUAUAAAUUUUGAAUUUUAUAUAAAAUCUAUUAUAAAAUUUGCAUUUUAGAGUAAAAGAAAAAACACGCCCCGGUUUUGUGUACAUGUGUUGUCUUCCAUAUUUUCAGAAACCUAGAGAACCGCACUUCAAGAUGCUUUAAAAUGUCUAUGUACGGAGACAAGUAAAACACAGACUAGAUCUAGUGACUAAAUUCUUUGGUGAGUAGAAGGAAGGACAGCUGUAGUGUGCAGGUCCUGAGGACCGUAGAUUGUCCUUCUGGGUCGGCUCCAUGACGUCAGGAUGCUGAGUUGAGGACAGCGUUUUGGUCGUCAAGUGGAGAGGGGCAGGCUUCGUCAGCUGGAAGGACCUCCGAGCAUGGGAAGUCAGCCCUCUUCGCUUGCUGGUGAGGACUCAAAGACACAGACAGGACAGGGUUUGGCUCCAUCCAUUUAACGGUCAUCAGCUUGUCUUCUCGGAACUCAGUGCUGGCUGGGAAGCCUCCCUGCACUGCGUGUUAUCUUUGCUCCCAUUCUAAACUUCUGGGGUUUUGUUUUUUAUUUUUUAUUUUUUUUUAAUGAACCACAACCCAUGGCAUUCCAUCACUGAUUUGUUUUAAGUCACCUUCGGUCCCCUUUCUGUGCCCAACCUCGGGGCUGGACCCUAUAUGCUCACUGCUCGUUGACUCAAAGGAAGAGUAUCUAAAUGUAUUUCUGGUACUUGGUUGCCUCUGUGGAAGAUGGAGCUUCCAGUCCAUAGUUCCAUGACUUCUACUGUAAGGCCCCCUCGUUCCACAAUCUAAUAUUUGGUGAGCAAAUUUAAAUCCAUUGUAUUACUACCUUUCGUAAGACCCCUGCUCCCACUCUGUCCUUUGUGCUUGUCCACCAGCCAUUGUGUAUCUUUUCUUUCCAUUCCACUAAUUGUGGUUGAGUGCACACAACAUGAAAUAAACCAUUUUAACUAUUUUUGAGUAGUGGCGUUGGGUAUAGUCACAACUGUUGACAACUGUUACUGCCAUCUGUCUCCAGGACAUUUAUGUCUUUCCGGGUGGAAACUGUCCUCACCCAGCCCAAACAAACACUGUCUUCUCCCUCCAUCUCUGCGUACCUGCUUUUCUGUCUUUGAGAACGGCUACCGUUCCCGAUAUCUCACUUGAGAGAAGCACAAAAGCAUUUGUCCCUUUAUGGCUGGCUUUUCUCACUUGAUGCAAUGUUAAAACACUGAUUGUAUCAUGUGCUGGAAAUCCAUUCCUCUUUAAGUCAGCCAUUUUCUUGAAGCGUCUCAAAAGUGCCACCUAAGUGCUUGGUGCCUGCACAGCCAGAAGAGGCCAUCGGAUCUGCUGAGACUAUAAUCACAGGCAGUUGGGAGCUCGCACUGGAGAAUGAGCUGGAAUCUUCCAGAAGAGCAGCAAGUGCUGCUGACGCCUGACCCUUCCUGCAGCCCCCACCCACCAUCUUCUAACUUUAAGUGUUUUUAGUUUGUGUAGCCAGAAUCUUUUCCUCCAGAGCAGUCUGUGACUUUUUCCUUGAAUGACUUCUUCAGGCAAGGCCUGUUUUCCUGAGUUGUUUUCUUUGGGGUGUUGAGUAGAGAAACUGAGGCAAUGGUAGCACAGCAAAUGAACGCCUGCUGUAUUACCCAUGCAGGCCCAGUACACAGUCUUGUGGAAGAGAUGACAGUGAACUCUGCUAACUACAGCGGCUGGUGCUGUGUGCUUGAAGGAGGGCUGAGAUGGGUCCUCAUGAUCCCCCAAGGCUCGUGGGGAUUUUUUUGGAAAAGCUCAAAGAAGAUGUCCUAUUUCAAAUGAGCCUGAAAGGGGAGAAGGAGAAGGUGUUCAAGGUGGAGAAAGAUGUGAUUGGCAGCCCAGGAAUGGCCUGAGCUCAGACCAGUGAAAAUACGGGUUUGCUCAGGAGAGCUGCACGGGCCUGGACUGUGUGAGCAGAAAGGAGAGAUGGGGGCGGCGGGAGGCUUCAGGGGCAUGGAUUCCAUGUUUCGGACCUGAGGACAUGGGAUAGGCUGCUUGGCAGCACUUUGAUGCUAUUGGACCUGUGGAAUGCAGAUGGCUUGGGAUAGGAGACUGUGGGCCUCACCAGUGUGCAAGGUUGAAGGAAAGAAAGGAGCUGUGGUACCGCUUGCCAUCUCUUAGUCAAGAGAUGCUGAGGGGGCCACUAACAAGACGUCGUUCAUGAUGUAGCUGCUGUCGUAUGUGCCGAGAAUUCUUAUAGUCCCAUCUUCGUGUGGAGUUCUGUGUUUUCCAAAGUCGGUCAGGUUUUUCUCUGUUAUGCCCCAACUGGUAAGAGCUAAUUAAUUUAUAGAAGACAAGUUGGGCAGGUUUCCCUCAGGAUAGCUGGUAACAGUGCUCUAGGUACCAAGUAAUGUAGUGUCUACAGUUAGAAAGGGACGGCCAUUAAGUAAUGUGAGUGACAUAGACUAGCCAAAUGUUAACUAAUUAGAAUAAACCAGCCAUGCUGGGUCAGAACUGCUCCCAACUUCCAGCCUUCUCUGACCUCUCAAACAAAACUUUGACUCAAAUAUAUAAAAUUCUCACUUCGGAGUAGGUCAAGACACACACACACACACACACACACACACACACACACACACACACACACAGAACCAUCCCUAUACUCCUGCCUUCCUAGAGCAGGAGGAUCCGGAAUUCAAAGUCAGGUUCAGCUACAUAGUAAGUUCUAGGCCAGCCUGGGCUACAUGACAGAACCAGUCUGGGCUGUGUGAAGGAGCCCAUCUCAAAAAGUCAAACGAAAACAACAACAAAACAAACAAACGAGAAAACCCUUUUAGCUUUUAAGAGUAAAGGGGAGUUAAUUUCAGAAAUUACCACCGCUCCUAGGACCUACCCAAUGGUCUGGAAAGGAUUUACUUGGUCCUUCAGAAAGUGCUUUGAUAGCAAGCUAAGCAGGAAACACACAGUUGCCCACAUGCAGUGUAUAGUCCCAGUUGUAAAAUGUGAAGUUACCUUGGAACUUCAGAACAAAACAAACUCAGUACCUUUAAAAAGGAAUGCUCAAGGCUGCACAGACAGAGCAAGGGGAAAUCCUCCUUGGCACAGGGGUGGAGGAGUCAUCACCUGACUAAAUGCUGAGUGAAGAAAGUGUUGAGACGUAAAAAAAAAAAAAAUAGUAAAAACACAUCUCAAGGAAAAUAACCUUCCCACUAAGGUCUGCCUUAGUCAGCACCUCCUUGCCGGUUGUCGGCUCUAGUCACUACUUUCAAAGAUGCAUGAGGAGUAAGAAUCCGUCAACAUUUGAAAUGUGGGUUUUCAAAGAAAAGGUUAGAGAAAUAUGGAGAUUAUGGGCCGAGUCAGGUCAGCAGGAUGGCUCUGUGGCUAAAGGUGCUUGCCACCAAGCCUGAAGGUCCGAGUUCAAAUCCUGGCACUCUAAAGGUGAGAGACAAGAACUGAGCCCCCACAGAUUGUCUCCCGCCCUUAAUGUGUGCACUGUGGCAUGUGUGCCCUCCCACACAAAUAAAGAAAUAUAAUAGAGAAUUUAAAUGGACUGACUUUAUAAUAUCUGAUAUAAAAACAGUCAGAACCAUUUAUGGGCAAGGCAAACAAGAACAACACUGAGAACGCAGACCGCUUGACCCCGAUUAGCCUUCUUGAAGGGGCCGAGGCUUUUACCUUGCUGUUGGCUCCUCAGUUAGUUUUACUAACCCAGGAGCGCUGAGUGGAAGGAAGCAAGUGGCUGGCUAUGGCAGAUGUUUUGGAGGAUCCACAGAGCCCUCCAGGGUCCUCAGAAUAGCCUCCUGGACGAUGGCAUUUCCCAGAGGUGACAUGACAGAGCUGGACACUUUCCUGGGUUGGCCUUUGCACCGGCUGAGCUGUCAACACCCUUCUUUCAAUUUAAGACUUGAGGUAGAUUUUAGGAGCGGUAGGCAACUGCUUUGUGCACAUGAUAGUCUAAUAAAUGUGUCUGUCUGUAAACACUGGAAACGAGCAAAGGAGAAAAGAAAGGAGGGGGUAGAAGAGAGAGAGAGAAGGAAAACAGGCGGAGGCCGGCAGCUGUCUGGCCACGGCUGGGCAUUUUCAGGUUUUCCCUCCGAAGCUUUUAUCUAAGGCUCUUCUCCUUUUCUUUAUAGGCGUCAUUACAGCCCGCCUGUAUUUAGUCUGUGCGGUGGUUAUUUUGUCUGUGUCGCCCUUGUCGUAAGACAAGCACCACGAACUCGGAGACCAGACUUUUUAAGGUUUCAUCUUGGCGUAGCAUGAGUGACCGCUGCUAAGAGGACCCCCAAGCUCUGUGGCUGAAUGAUGAGCAGCAGAGGGGAUGGAUGGGGGGAGGAAGGGGCAUAGGAAAUGGAAGGAAGAAGGGAGGGUCCUUUCCUUUUCUGUUCUUUUCCCAAUGUGAUGUGAAUGCACUAAAGUCAGGAAAUGAAAGAUGUCGAACAGGACUGGGGGGAAAAAGGACGGCUUUCCGAAUUCAGUAGCUCUGGGAAGUGACUCUUGAGGGCUUCUCAUUGAGUAAAGUUUGAGAGAGGGAGGGAGGGAGGGGGGAGGGAGAGAGGGAGGGAGAGAGGGAGAGAGAGAGAUGCGGUUUGGGGUGCGGGUUUUGUGUAUUGUGUCAUGUUGUAUGUUAUUUGUGGUGUGGUAUGUGUGUUAUGUCAUGGUGUGUGUGUGUGUAUGUGUGUGUGUGUGGUGUAUGUGUGUAUGUGUGUGUGUAUACAUGUAGUGUCUGGCUCCUUUCAUUGGGAUAAUGGAGCAGUUUUCCGGUCAAUCAAUAGCCCAUGCCUUAGACUGCUCAACUCUUCUCAGUCCAAAUAACUAAAAACAUAUCUUGACUUAGACUGGUUGGACCUGCUCUGUUAGAUUUAAGGACACAGGAUACCAGAGUUUAGGAAGCCCAACUCAAAAUACUAACACAUUAACAAAAGUAGAAAACCAUAAAGAGGACAGCAGAAAAUAAACAGCUCUCAAACCCAAAUGAUGCUCCCUUCCAUAACAGUGAAAGGGCUCGGAAGGUGGAUACUUGCCCAGUGCCACAGGCUUCCUCGGGGUGGGGGUGGGGGAGAAUAUUUCAUUAGAUUAGUAGCAAGCAGGACAGAGAGCUGAGUUGUACCACCUCUGUGCUCCCCUCAUGCCAAGGGCACCCAGGCAGAGCGUGCGUGUAUCCUGUCAGUGCUAAGUGCUGUCAGUGUUUAUAGAAGCACAGACAGAAGCAGGAGCCCUGAAUCUACAGGUUUAAAGGGAGACCAUUGUAUAGAGCAACAGAGUCUGUCUUUGGAACCCCUAUCUCUGCUUCAGUCCUUUCUGAAUUAGGAGGACCUGAGAUUACAGUGCUUGACAAGUCCUCUCUGGAAAGUUCUCUGCCAAGAGCUCCUUAAGAAGCCAGUGUCCCUCUGCUAGUGUGCAUCAGCCUUACGUCCUGGUUCUUGAUGUCCUCAGGUCUGGCUUCCACCAAGUAAUGAAAAUAACAGAGCCUUUCAUGUGGAGAGCAGCGUUUUAGAAAAAUUCAAACUAUUUGCUGUGGUUAUCUCAUUCCUUACUGAUGAUAACAGUGUGAGAAAAACACGGUGUCAUUCCCACUGUCCUUGGAUGCAUGAGACUAAGACCCACAGGCAGGUCAAGUUGCCCAGUGGGUGAAGGGCAGAAUGGAGAAGAGGGAGCCCAGCUGCCCCUCAGUGCAAGGCUAUCUGUCACAGGCCUGUGCUGACCAAAAUCCCCCAAAGCAGGGAGCCUCAUGUGGUGAGCUUUAGCUUCCACGACUGCUAAUUUGGCUCAGUGUUGGUAAAUGAGUAAUGAUGUGCUCUAAGCUUCUGUGAUGGGCAAGCUUCAGGCCUGCCAGAUCACCCAGGCCCCCUGUAGAUGGGCCUGAGCAAGCAACCUCCCCUCCCCUUCUUCCCUUUCGUGUGUGUGUGUGUGUGUGUGUGUGUGUGUGUGUGUGUGUGUGUAUGUGGUAGUGGUUGUGUGUGUGUGUGUGUGUGCACAUGCACUCGUGUGUUUAGGGGCACAUAUGUAGGGGCUCAUGGCUCGUGUAGGCAUGAAUCCGUCAGCAGGCCAGAAGAAAGCAUCCAGUGUCCCACUCUAUCAUUGUUUUACCCCCUUUGAGACAGGGUCUCACUGAACUUGGACUUAGGCUGGCAGUCAGCAGGCCCCAGGGAUCCUCUUCUCCCCGCUCCUAACAGCACUGGGGUUGCAGGCAUGAAUGUGGCAACGCCUUCUUAGUGGGUGCUAAGGAUCUGAACUCUGGUCCUCAUGCUUGAACAGCAGGUGCUCAUACCCACUGAGCCAUUGCUUAAGCCCCAGCCCCAGCACUGGAUUUUCCUAGCGACCUCAUGAGAGGUAGUAGAGAAGCAGUUCUUUUUGAACAUGGCAGAUAAUCAAGGACGAUUUCCGAGACCUGAAUGGUCUUAAGUUCUCAAGUCACCAUGCGGGUUAGACAGGAGAGUCCCUGUGUGGUUGCCACAUUGCCCUUCCAAGCCAAUGCCUGGUAUUUCUAGGACAGUUGCUUUCACGGCUGUAUCUGUGCUGUGAGAGGGCACCAGAUUCACCUUUCACAGUCUAUAAAUGGAACUGGGGCUAACGUCUUGACUUGGUUGGCCAUGUGACCUGCUGGUUGGUUUUUCCUGUUUGGGGAGCCCUCGGCUUCACAAUGAGCAGUCUGUACCCUCAGGUGGCCCUCUCUGCCAGAGCACCAGCUCCUGUGAGUUUGAAGAGGAAGACAAACCUGUAUUUGGUAGAAAGGGCCUAUUGUUCCCAGGCGGUACUGUGGCCAACCCCUUUGGACUCCUUUGGCCGCCUCUGAAGACGGAAUUGAAGUCAGAAUGCUAAUCGCUGGCUUGCGUAGACAUCAACAAUCUAACCUCAGGGAGGGCAGACGAAAGUAAACACAGGGGCUGAAGUUCAGACUCUUGAAGAACGGCAUUGGAAAUGAGGCUAGGGAGGAAAACGAUACUCGGAGAGAAGGAAUUCUCAAUCUCUUGUUUCUCAGAUGGGCAGCCAUAAAAAUAAUAAAGCCUGAACCAAUUGUGGGACUGCAUUCCUGUAAUCUAAGUUACUCAGGGAGCUGAGAGCCGGGGUCACAUGUUUGAGGUCACUCAGGGCAACUUAGUAAAACCCUGUCUCCAAUACAUACAUACAUACAUACAUACAUACAUACAUACAUACAUACAUACAUACAUACAUACAUACAUGAAGGGCUAAAGGGCUGGGUAUGUAAUUUAAUGGUAGAGUGGUUGCCUAGCAUAUGUGGCUCUGUGGGGGUGGGGAGCCCAGGCCUGGUGGCUAUAAUACCAGCAACCCAGGAUGCUGGAGCCAGGAGGAUUUAAAUGUGAGGAAGAGCAAGUUCACGUGCAGUCUUUACGACUUAGAAAUACCCUAUCUCAAAGUGACAACUGAAAAUGAAGGGGAGGAGAGGUUGGAAUGUAGGUCAGUGACACUUGCCUAGCGGCGUCAGGUACUGGAUCAGUCCCUAGUACCAAAAUUAAGAGAGAGGGAGAGAGGGAGGGGGAAAGAAGGAAAGAAACGAACGUGAUUCAGGCCUGGCACAGGUCUGUAAUUUUAGCCACGCAGGAUGCUGCUGAGGCAGGAGGGUUGCAAGUUGAUGGUCUGCCUGUGCUGGAGGUAAAGACCAGCCUGGAGAAUUUAAUGAGACGGUGAGUCCUUGUCUGACAAUUGAAGAUGGAAGGAGGAAAUCAGGGUCUGUAGUUUAGUGAUGGGGCUGGGUGCAUUGGAUGUUCAAUCCCCAGUACCGAUGAGUAAAUAAGGAACUCAGAACCGACAGUUUGAGGUAUGGCUCUGUUCCCCAUGAGCAGGGUCCAUGUGGUGGGCAGCCCCACCCUUUCUAAGAACCCCCUGGCUCAGCACAUGGCCUGUGGGAAUCAGGGCUUCCUGAACUGUGAGAUUUCUCUACCUCACCUGGACACAAAUGAUUGUUCCCCUUCUCGUUGUAUAUCUAAUUUGCACGAGGCCUCCUCAUGUUUCUGCUUGUCUCCUCUAGUUCUGAAUGCUGAUACCCAGAAGUCUGUCAUUCUGAAGGUGUUUUUCACUGACAUUAACCAAAAGGUUGGGGAAGUUUGGAAGUAACCAGUGUAGGCUUAUCAGGACAACGUGGUGCUGUUUGCUUAGCUUAGUCUCCCAUGAGUUUCCUUCUCGUUCCAAGUAAGUUUAGGACUUCUGUUCAAUUGUUUCCUGAGGCUCCAAGUUAUAUAUGUAGCAGGUGUCCAAGUGAUGUAUCCUAGAAAGAAUCAUGCAGAAAGCUCAUGGGCCAUGGAGUGGAAUGGCUGGGCCCAGUCUUCUGUAAUUGACUUGACACUUCCCCUCCAAGGGCUAUUAUUGACCUCUUUGAGCCGGAACCUCGCUAUUAACUUUAAGGGUGUGUGUAAAUGUGUGUGUAUGUGUGUGUGUGUGUGUGUGUGUGUCUGUCUGUCUGUCUGUCUGUCUGUCUGUCCCUGAGUCCCCGUGUCUGUGUGUGUCUCUCAGUAUGUAUAUCAAGAUCAGAGGACAGCUUUCAAGUGUCUGUUCUUUCCUGCCAUGGGUCCUAAGGAUUUGAAGGGUCUUCAAGUUCAUGCAUGGGAUGUUCUUACCUGCUUGCUGGCCCCUAAUCUUGUCAUUCCCAAGAAGUGUUUUUGGUUUUUUUGGAGUGUGUGUUUAAAAUUAACUUUUUGAUUAACGUACAAAGAAAUGGGGUUCAUUCUGCCAUCUAUAUUAUAUUUUGUCAUUUGUUUUCGAGAGAAGGUCUCAGCAUGGCUAGCCAUGAACUCACAACACAGAGAUUGUCCACUUCUGCCACCUGAGUGCUGGGAUUAAAGGGAUGUGCCACCACACCCAUUGGGCCUCAGACUUUAUUCUUAUCUCCCCCACUCCUGGGUAUAAUCCUUUCUAAUCUCUGCCUUUUCUCCUACAUGACUAUGCAUGUGUUCACCACAGAGUGGCUCAUAAGCCACUUGACAUCUAUCUAUUGUUUUCAGGCUGACUCCAAAAUUCUUGAGUAGAGAAAUUAUUCCCACCAGCGUUCUGUUCUGUUCUUACCUCAGUUGGUAAGCAGACACAGACAACACUCUUUCCUGCCUUGUUUCAAACAGGAGACAAUUCCCGCUGCUACCCUAGUGUCACAAAAGACACUAGCAGCUUGCAUGCUUUUGGUCAGCAUUGGGACAAGUCAAAGCAAGGAGUCCUGGGACAGAUAGAAGUUCAGGAUUGGAGAGUACUGUGCUCUUGGGGGCCUCCUGUUGUAUUUCAGGCUAUUGACCAGACUAGGUGAGAGGUUCUCUGGAUGAGCAAAAAUUAGCCUCAGGUCAUAGCUGCAAGAGUCCUGCUGCUGUAACUUUUCCUAAGGAGACCUGGGGUCAUGGUGCCCCAUCCCUGGAAGAUUAUUACCAUUGGCAGCUUGCAGUCUGGACGUCAGAGAUGGCCCUGGCUUUCUCCUGUUGUGUGUGUAUGUGUCCUCUUGUCUUAAGACUUGUAGUGCUAACACAGGGUCCUUUGUAGUACACCACUGAAGGAGAUGGCUGUUGCUUUAUUCUAGACAUUUAAAAAAAAAAUCACUUGUGAUCCUUCCUGGCUUCUGGUCCAGUGAGUCAAAUUUUAGAGCUGUUUGUGUCUUCCACGAGGCUGAGAUCCAGCAGCAACACUUGAGCUUUUCCACUGGUUUAUUUUCGUUAUCCCUGCCCGCACCCACCAUGUUUUCCAGCCAUCAAUGAGCAUUUGUUAAGGGACUUAUUCUCAGCCAUCAACUGUGAGGGAAUAAAGAGAUGUGUGGGGAGCUGCAGCAGAAUUGACUUAAAGUCCAUGUGAGAAGACAGGGCUGGAGCCCGCAAAAAGUCACCCAGCAUGGCCACCCCAUAAUAGAGUGAUCAAAGAUGGCUGUUGCGUAGUCGUCACAGAGGCUGGGCUGCCCUGGAGUUGGCUUUCUCAUGUGGCCAGAAAGCUUGGGUUCCUUUUUACUGUGUUUUAUAGGUAGCAGUUGACAUAUGCAUGGGAAAGUGUGUGUGGGUUACAGAGUAGGGGAAGAAAUGAAGGAAUUCACAGCCAGGCGAAGGACAGUGGUUCCUGCUUCCCGUACUCUGCUCCUCCUGCCCACCCCAGAUAGCCAUUGUCUUCAUUUUACAGAUUUUUCUCCUUUCCUUUCCCUGGGGUGUGGGUGUGUGUGUGUGUGUGUGUGUGUGUGUGUGUGUGUGUGUGUGUGGUGUGUGUAUGUGUGUGUGGUGUGUGUGUGUGUGUGUGGUGUGUAUGUGUUGUAUGUUGUGUGUAUGUAUGUGUAUAUUGUGUUGUGUGUGUUGUGUUGUGUGUGUUGUGUGUGGUGUGUGUGUUUGUGUGUUUUGUGUGUGUGUUAUGUGUGUGUGGUGUGUGUGUGGUGUGUGUAUGUGUUGUGUGUGUGUUGUGUGUGUGUUGUGUGUGUGUUGUGUGUUUGUGUGUUUUGUGUGUUAUGUGUGUGUGGUGUGUGUGUGGUGUGUGUAUGUGGUGUGUAUGUGGUGUGUGGGUGUGUUUGUGUGUUUGUGUGUUUUGUGUGUGUGUUAUGUGUGUGUUUUGUGUGUGUGUGGUGUGUGUAUGUGGUGUGUAUGUGUUGUGUGUGUGUUGUGUGUGUGUUGUAUGUUGUGUGUAUGUAUGUGUACGUUGUGUUGUGUGUGUUGUGUGUGUUGUGUGUGUGUUGUGUGAGUUUGUGUGUUUUGUGUGUGUGUUUUGUGUGUGUGUGUUUUGUGUGUGUGUGGUGUGUGUGUGUGUGGUGUGUGUGUGUGGUGUGUGUGUGUGUGUGGUGUGUGUGUGUGGUGUGUGUGUGUGUGUGUGUGCUGUGUGUGUGUAGAUCAUAUGGAGAUCAGAGGACAGUCUUAUGUGGCAUCAGGAACCCUACCCACCCCUAUUUAUACAUACAUACAUACAUACAUACAUACAUACAUACAUCUGUGUUUUUGAGAGAGGGCUUCCCAUUGGUUGGGCUCACUGGUAGACUAGACGGGCUGUCUAGUGAUCCCUGUCUUGACUCUGUAGCAUUGGGGUUAAACUGUCCACCACCACACCUGCCAUUUUCUUUUUUUUUUUUUUUUUUUUUGGUUCUUUUUUUCAGAGCUGGGGACCGAACCCAGGGCCUUGCGCUUCCCAGGCAAGCACUCUACCACUGAGCUAAAUCCCCAACCCCUCACACCUGCCAUUUUCAUGUUGCUUUGGGAUAUUGAGCUCCCUUCUCCUGCUUGUAAGGCAGACACUUUACCGACCGAUGUACCCCUGCCUGCCUUGCUUCUGUAAGGAGAACCCACGCCAUUAUCGAAGGCCUCACAGUGUUCCGUGGUGUGAGAUCUCAGAAGGCGAGCCAUCCCAGCAUAUGUGCUGGUUGAUUUCUGUCUACUUGGCUGGGCCCUGGUGCAAGCUGUAUGAUGAAACAUUACUGUGAGCAUUUCUGUGUAGAUAUUUGUGAAUUAGUCCUGUGGACUGUGGUGUGGGCAGGGUUUGUACAUCAGUUGAGGACCUGAGCAGAAGAGAACACUGAGCUCUAGGAACAAGAGGGAAUUCUUGGGACUUAGCCUGCACUAUUGACUCUUGCCUUGGUCUCCAGCCGGCUGGCUCUCCCUUCAGAUUUUCGGCUUGCAUGCUCACACAUGCACAUAAACCACUUCCUUCUGAUCUCAGUCUCUUCCUCUCCCCAUCCCCUUUCCCGUACUUCUCUUCCUCAUUCUUCUCUCCCCUUCCACACAUACAUCGCUUUGGAGUGUUCCCAUCUUGUCACAGCAUGCCCCUUCUGCAUACUACAUAGGUCACGCCAUGUCACAUACUUGAUUUGCAGAAUGUUCUUAGGUUAGGAGGCCUGCAGUGUGUUAAUUGCCUAUGACAAAGGUGUGUGGGCGAGUCCGGUCUGGGCUGUGGAAAAGAGAUUGUGACUUUCUGUUAUAAUGACUUCUCUUUGUGGGCACUCAUGCUUUCUUACUGUCUGUUCCCUCCUGAAAUCCCAUGGGUCUUUUGGUCACUUGACACCAAGGCACAUCUAUCUAUCCCCUCCCAACGCACAUGCCUGUCUAACCUUUGCUGUCCCACGCCUUCUGUGUAAAGCUCUGGCUUUGCUUGUCACGAAGGAAUUAUUGAACUCCCCUGAGCUCCUGUCCCCUGGGGUUGAAGCAGUCACCAAGCCUUAUUUAUUAAGUGUCAACAUGUGACAGAGACAGCACCAAGUGCUGUACCUGUUUGUUUCAUCCUAGUGCCACAACCGCUGCAGGUGGCCACCACAGUCAUUACUCUUGCUCUGGAGUGAAUAAGAAGGCACAAGAGAGUUACAGGAACAGGCUUGAGUCCCUGCUCCUGAGCCUUUUAAAGCCUGUUGUGAUUUGUAAAAGGUUCUAGAUAAUGGUUAAUGCUAGUAUUGUAAUUUUAUUAUUAAACAUUUUUUAAUUUGAAUUAUGUGUUUGUUUGUUUGUUUGUACUUAUGAGCACAGGUGCCUAUGGAGGCCAGAGGAAGGCAUGGGAUCUCAGGCAGCUGGAAUUAUAAGCAGUUAUGAGCUGCCCGAUAUAGGCACUGGGACACCCCCACCCCACAGGUUCUCUGUAACAGCAGUAUGUGCUGUUCACUGUUGAACCUUCCCCCAACCCCCACCAACUGUUGCUGUCAUUAAAACAUGCCUGUUAUCUUGGGGCCCUGUCCUCUUAGGGCAUGUUGAGAGGACCCAAGCUAAUGGAAGUUACUAGUGGACACUACUGUUCUUCUUAGAAAGUCCUAGUUAUUUGGAAAAUGCCUUCUGACUGGGUACCUAUCGUUCACUGAACCUCAAGUAGAAGUCCUGUGAGAGACUUUAGGACAGAUGGGUUCUGGGGAGGGGAUUUGAUCAUUAGCCUCCCUUAGGUCACGUCAAGAAAACUGCCCCUUACUUUUGACUCUUACCAGGGUGAGAAGGUAGUAAAUAUUUGGCAUUUCCUCUUCUACCAGGACCACAGUAGAUGUUAAAUGGUUGUAACAUUCUGCAGGGUAACCACUACUAAUCCAUAGUCUGGGCAAAUAGCACGAAAAGUCUAUGCCUAUCUUUUCGAUGAUCUGGGUGUCCCCAGAGAACCGAGCCUGGUGCUAAGUUUCAACCUGUCUGCCUCGUUUCUUUCCCAGCCACAUUCCUCUCGAUUUUCGACAUAGACUCUGACCACUAUUUGUUCUUGCUUCCUAGGUGAGCUCAUUUGAUUCAUUCCCUGUCUGGGUAGAAAGAGGGUAUUCCUGCCUACCUCGUUCCCAGAACCACUCUGCAGCUUGCAGGGUCCCGUCCUGCUGUCUUACCUGAGACUUUAUUAUUGGAAGAGUAGGACUCAGUUUAGGUUUGAGGGACAGUUGUGUAGAGUUUUAGGUGCGUCUCUGCCCAUGGGGUUAGUUUUCUUCCUCCCAUUUGUGGAGGGCGAAGGUUUCUCUGCUCCACAUAAAGUAGUUCCUUAAUCCUGAGCGCCACACAGAUCACUGAACAUUCCCUUUUAAAUCAUUUCUAGAUGUUUCUCAAACAGGAGAAUAGUGUCCCCUGGGUCAUGUGAUUUAAAUGUGAAUAAUGUAUAGCGGAUUACUCCUUGGAAGUCCUGAUGCUAAGUCAUUGGUUUUCAUCUGGACCAACACUUUGGAGGGGACAUGAGUAGUGUUGCCCAAAUGUCCCCCACAGUCUCUGUGGGUGGGUUUGCGUCUCUGGUCACUUUUUACUCUCGCCCUUCCUCCAGGCUCCACCCAUCUCCAGCAUUCCACCAGCCAUGUUUUGUUGACUGACAUCUGUGACUGUUCAUUUCCCACCAUUUUUUUUUCUAGUCCAACAACGGACAAUUUUAUUUAGCCCUUAGCUUGAGACCUGGUACCCAGAGAAAGUGAAGAAUGUUUCUUGCUGUGCCCAGGCCUUACUGCAUCCACUAAUCCUUUGUUAGGAAUAUAAGUGCAGUAAGAAACAUUACAUAUAUGCUCAGAAUUUAGCAGUUUAAUCUGAUCAGAGACUUUCGAGGAAAUGCCAGCUCCGGUGGGUGGGAGGUGGCCUUGGGUCAUCCCUUCCUACUGAUGUGGCCUUGGCAAACCUCUCAAAGACUUAACCAGCAAAUCAUAGAUUUGAUGGUGUUCCCAGUUGUACCCUGGAUUGGUCAGGCUUCUCCAGAGAAGCAGAACCAAUAGCAGACUAAUAUUGAAAUUGGUAUCAAUAGAUGUGAUAGGUGUGUAUAUGUGUGUGGGCACAUGUGUGCAUGCGUGUGCUUGUGUGUGUGUGCAUGAGUGUGCUUGUGUGUGCGUGUGUAUGUGUACCUGUGCAUAGAAUGAGAGAUAGGCAGACACAGAAGUCUUAGUUCUUAGAGGAUUAUCUCAUGCCAUGGUGGUAUUGGACGACUGGAGUGUAAGGGAAGCAUUAAUGCUGUAACCUCAAUCCAAGGGCUGCUGGAAGGCUGCAUUUCCUAUUCUGGUCCUAUCUCUCAAGCUCUUCCACUGGUUGGGUGCAGCCCACUUUGCAGAGAGCAUCGUUGCCGGUUAGGGUUGGGGCUGUGGAUGGUUAAGUUGUAGAAUACCUGCUUAGCAUGGACAAGACCCUGAGUUAGUUCUUAGUACCACAAAACCAAUCAAUUGAUCUGUUGAUCUUGAUGUUCAUUGCACCUACAGAAACAUCUUUAUAGAAGUGUCUGGCUGGGGUUGGGUCAAGUAGAAGAGUAUUUUGGUCUAGCAGGGGUGACCUGGUAUUAUCUAUCCCACCGUCUUUUGGCUUGUGUGGGCAUUGGCUGCUUCCCCCUCCCCCUCACUUUGCCCUUUUCCUCUCUAACAUUACCUUUUGCUUCUUAACUGCCUGAUGUGGGGCAUGUGUGGAGUACAAAGUAGACCAGCUCCGUAGGUGGUUAAAGAUACUGGAAAGGGAGCAGAUCUUGAAGUUAGUCAGAUCGGACGUGCAGAUCUGUGGUCCUGGGAAAUGGCCCUGCUUCCCUGGGAUCUGGUCUCUUUCCUCUGAUGUGGAAUGGUAAUGGUUCUCUAUUCAGUUCUUAUGAACACACACACACACACACACACACACACACACACACACACACACACACGAUUUGAUUAUCUGUGUUUGGUAAUUAGGUAAUAGUUUUGGCUUUUGUUUGUUUGUUUGUUUGUUUGUUUUAAGAUUUAAGUCAUUGUAUUAAACUUCUUCAGGUUCAUUGUUGUUUCAAAUGUUUUUAUUCUUCCAAGACAGGGUCUCACUUGGUAGCCCAGGCUGGACUGGAACUUGUGCUCUUCCUGCCUCAGGCUUUCUGGAGUUUUUCAGGUUUUCUAGGUUUUCCCUUUGAGACUAGAUAAUGUAUUUAACGUAAUCGCAAGCCUCUUUCUCCAUGGGUAUCCUCUGGUUGUGCCUGUUAGUCCCUUCUCUUAUUUCGCACCAAGCACACUCUGGCCUCAGGGUCUCUGCAUGGUCCAGCUCACAGAGCUAAAAUAACUACGUGCUUUGUUCCUUGGGCUUUAUUCCAGGUAUCUGCUCAAAUGGCCACUCCCACCCCCACCCCGACCCUCACCCCCCAAGAAAGGUGUUCUUCAACCUCCUUAUACAAAGUCAUACUCACUCUUGAUCUCUCCUGUGCUUUCCUUACCUUGUUUCCCCUCAGAGUCCUUACUGGAUGAAAUAUUUGUUUUUCUGUCCGUCUUCCCAGUAGGACAGUGGUUGUCCACCUCAGGUAUGAGGUGGAAAUGAUUCGGACCGUGCUUAUGUCUUGAUGUCAUGCUAUACUGCAGAAACUCACCUAGAGACUCUGAGUGGGGAAGAGAUCGAGGUGUUAGCAUUUCCUAAAAGUCAAAGCUUACUCUUGUGUGCAGGCCGUGGUCGGAGCCAGUGCUCUUGCCUGGAACCUUGUGCUGACGAGAACCCAUAGUGGCGUGUACUCAGCAUCAGCAUCAGCGCCAGUGGAUUUGGGAGGCAAUCUCUCUCAGCCCCUCCCCUGACCUAUGAAGGCUACUUGUGCUUGAGGCAAGAUCCCCGGGUGAUUCAUUAGACAGAGGCAGAGAAGCCCUGUACUAGAAUGUAAGUCGGGGACCUCAUUUGACUCGCUGCUGCUGUGUUUUGGGUCAGAAAAAUACCCAGCACAGCACGUUUGUUGAAUGACUGAGUAAAUGAAUGAAAAUCAGUGAAGAGAGCAAGCAGUUGGUAAGGGAGAGAGGUCAGGGAAGCCGAGGCAGUGGAUGAUGUUCCCAGGCCAGAGUGGAGCAGAGUUGCUUGUUCUCAGCUCUGAUUAGUACCCACCAGUUUUGGACUUCCCUUCAGCUCACCUUCGCCUUGCUGUCUCCUCCAGAGUGAUAGCUGACUAAUCAGAAAUAUUGUGAUAAUGAAUUGCCUAAUGACCGGGUCCUGCUUCUCCUCUCCAAGCAUAUAUUUGAUUAGAGGCCUGCUGAAACCAAUUAACCAAUUAAGUAAUUCAGUAAGACUUUCUGGACUGCCUACUGUAUGUGUAGUUUAACUCAGGCCCAAGAGACAAGAAGCUAAGGUAGGGAAAAACGUAACUCACGUGCCAGCUAUGGAGACAGCCGUGUGGAUACGUUAUUAUAAUCUGAAGGGAAACCAAAAGCCAGUGGUGUACCACACUUGUAGAUGUGUAGGUAGUUUGCCACACAAGGUCAAGAGUAAGGGAUUGACUUUCUUAGGGCGAGCACAGUAGACCCGUUGGUGGAGAGGGAUGUUUGAAUCUGGCAUGUGAGAGACGGGAACACAGGUCGGUAAGACAUGCGUGUGGGUUUGAUUGCCACAAGGACUGUUAGAAGAUAGUGAACGUAUUGAACACAUUCUGUGUAUAAAGAAGUUGACUCUGGCCUAUGGGAGGUGGAGUGGAGGUGGACACGGGACCCGUCUGACCCAGUUUGAAGGUGAUUAAAAGUAACAUCGAAGUUAGGUGAUAAAGCCAUGGCCUUGCGCAAUGCCGCUAGGAAUUCUGGGAGUGAUGAAGAAUUGUUUUAAGUGACUCUAUAAGCAUACAGACUGAAAAUGGAGGUAAUAUAUGGCUGUAGGUCGUUUGUCUUUCCUUGGCUGUCUGGACAGCAGGACUGUGGAGUUGAGCCUCCUCGUUUUCUUAGAACUUUGAGUCCAGAGUGUGGUUGCUUUGACUUCACCUCAGGAUGAAGAGAAGUCUAAGGUACAAAAAGAUCACCAUGACAGAGCCUAUUAGUGAUAGGCAAGUCACCCUUUCCUUGCAGACAGUCCCAAGACCCCCAGGGGAUGCCUGAAGACACCAAUAGUAUCAGAUACUGUGCCUGACAGAAUAUGUUCUGAGAAAGGGACUUUGGGUGAUUUGGUUGUUAAUGUGAACAUCAUGGAGUAUCUUAUAAAAACAUUCCUGGGAUGUCACUAAAUUAUGUAAUAUUUAGAAACCCCUUCUGCUCUGCUGCCCGGGCCACUGAAAUAAAAUGACUAUUUUUUUUCUUCCAAAUAUACCUGUAAAUAUUUUUUAAUUUGUGAAUGAGGCACAGUAAAAUAUUAAUGAAUAAUAAAACAAUCAUAACAGCAUAAUAAUGAGUGUUAUUUAAAACUUACAAAUUACUUAAUUCUGGGGUUUUUCCAUUGGACAUUUUUUGUCAACAGCUGACCACAGGUAACCAAAAUCAAGAAAAGGCACAUUGCAAAUAAGCGAGGGCACUGCUGUUUGCUGCCACGAGGUUUACAGACACAGUGUCGCCUGCAGUUCUCUCCACAGUCCUGUGAGAUAGGAGGUGAUGUGCUUUUAUUUUAUUUUUUUUGAAAGAUGAGGCAAAGCUGAGGAGAUCAGAUAACUCGCCCAAAGUCACACCACUGACAAGUGGUCUUCUGGGCGUGGAGUCCAGCGCUGCCCUUCCUAAGCUCGCUCUGCGUCUGUUCCGUGUUCCCUUGAUUUCUUCCUCGUUCUCCCUGCCCGAAGUGAGUCAGCCUUAAGAGGGCAGCCAUGAUUCUUCUCAUUUUGAGAGGAAGCUGAGUUUUGAUGGUCUGGAACUGAAGGUUCCUGACAGCCGACUCUUUCUAUAGCUCUUCUCACAAUUUCACAGUGCGAUACUGAUAACUUGUAAGCAAUGAUGUUAGGUUCUUUUUAGAAAAAAAAAAAACAACCUACAUUUGGAGAUGGAAUAGAAGGAAACUAACCCAAGUGGGAGAAUUUCUUUUUUAUAAAACAUUUUUAUUAAAACUUUUCAUGUACAUAAAUGAUAUGGGAUGCACAGAUACAUUAUUAGAACUGUUAGACUUAUUAUGUAUGUAUGUGUGUGUAUAAAUGUAUGUGAUUAUGUAAACACAUACAUGCCAUGACACACAUGUAGAAAUAAGAGGUAGUCUUUGUGGAGUUGGUUCUUUCCUUCCCAACCCCGUAAGACCCAGAGAUUAGCCAUAUUGGUAGUCGGGCUUAGUGGCAGCCAUCUUUGCCCACAAAGCCAUCCCAGAGUGCAGUACGGCUAUCGGGCUACUGAAUCACUGAGUCAGGUUUCUUACAGUGAUCCAAGGCUCCCUACUUGCUUGCCCUAACAAUUGGGAGAACUCUGGGGAGAGCAGCAUCCUUAGGCAUAUGAUUGUGGUGAGCCCAAGGCUUGGUGAGAAGGAAGUUGCUAGGUUCUCUGGACCUGCUACUGAAAAGCUGAAGAAAGCUUCCUCUUGCUUAUUACCCUGCCUCUAAAAAUGAUCUGGAACAAAAUACGUGGAGAUCAGGGCUGCGGUGUGAUGAAGUAGGAAAGCCUUUUUAUUAGACCCCAUUAAGACCACUUGACCAGGCUGACACCCUUACACCAUGCUCACUUCUGCACCGGUGUUUGUGUUAGUAUUUGGUAGGAAGUGCCUUAUUUUAGGAAAUUGGUGGAUAUGGGCAGAUCGGAGCUGGUUCCUCUCUGGUUGUAGGAAUACUCUGAGUACGCUGUGGGAUGCUAUUCAGACGGUCUCUGGGUACCUAAAGUAUCCCUGUUGCUCCGUGAUGUACACGCCUCUAGAAGGAAUCACAUCUCGCUCCCUCCAAUUCUGACGCUGUGUGGUUUUCCUUUUAUACAGAGGGUAGAAUAGCACUGGAGCCAUUGGAUGGCUCUGAUUAUUGUUUCGUUGGAUCUGUGUGGUUCAGUCAGUGCCAUUUUCUAUUUGUCAUGGGUGCUGUGAGCACCAUAGUGGCCUUGAAGCUGUUAAUAAACUGCCCAGCCACUCAUCCUAGUCCUCCGAGUAUGCCGAGAUACCUUGUAUACUAGAAUAACCAGGUGAUUUUAAUUGCAAGGGUUCAGGCGAGGGCCAGUUUGGGAAGCAGCAAUUCUCAUUUGAGCCAGUGUUUGAAAAGACAGGUUUUGAGGGUGCUUGGAGCCCUCUGUGGACACAGAUACCUUCCCCUGAGUGCAAAGAAGCCUGGAUUUUUCUUUCGAUCCCUUUUCUGAGCACCGUACGCUAGCAUUGCCCUUGUGCUCCAGGAGUCUGCAGGGCCACAUUGUCUUCCUUUUACCAGGAAUCAAGCAGCUGGCUUCGCUUUCCCAAGAGCGGCCAGACCAGGAGCCAAGCCGGCCACAUCUCUAACUUUGAUGGUGCGAUUGCUUCAGCUCCCCUAUUUCAUCACCGAUUAGGAUGCGCAGGCGGCACCAAAUGACACAUAGCCCAUAAAACAUAUCUGCUUCCUGCUGAUUUCAGGUUCUGGAGGAGAGGCCGUGAGUGGGGAUUAAGACAGACUGGAGUAACAAGCAGGAAGCUGGGCACUGUGGAGUAUUUAUGUCUACUAUUAAGUUCAUAGAUCAUUACUUUUUUUUAUAGCUGUUGUGUGUUCUAGGGUGUGUGUGUGUGUGUGUGUGUGUGUCUGUCUGUCUGUCUGUCGAGUAAAAAGCAUCCAUGCAUUUCUAGCUGUCAAGUCUGAGAACAUUAAUGGAAGUUUUGACCCCACGUGUCUGCACAUACUCAUAGAAUAAUUAUGGAAGCUCUCAAAGAAACAAUGUCAGGUGGGAGAUGAUUCAGCGGUCAGCUCUUUGCUAUGCAGGCAUGGGGGGGGAGGUCUGAGUUUGUAUUAGCAGAGCUCAUAAUAAAAGCCCCACCCAUGUAGUUCCAGAAACAGACAGGAGAAUCUGGGAUCCCUGGCCAGCUAGUGCAGCUCCCCAGGGAGCCCUAGGUUAAGUGAGGCACCCUGUCUCAAAACGUAAUGUUGAAAGCAACUGAGAAAGACGCCCGAUUUCAAGACUCCUCUGGCCUCUAGUUGUACAUGCAUGGGUGCGUCUUUCCAUGUAUGUACGCAGACACACAUGCACACACGUAUGCAUGCUCACACAGGAGUACACACUGGUGCGUGGCAAACCUAAUCAUGAAAAAUAAACCACCUCUCGGUUUACUGGCUUCUUCCGACCUACUUCCCUGAGGUGGUUUCUUAGAGGAUGUCCUGGGAGUUUGCAUCCACCUUCUAGACCGUGCGUGGCCCCGCAUUGUCCCAGCUUCCAGUUCUGAGCAUCCUCAAGUGUUGGAAGAGACUUGAACCAAGCCCUUGGAGGCUCCAAGGACUUGGGCCUUUGGGGAACAGCCUGGAAGCAGUGUUCUAACAGCUCCUUAGCUCCAGCUGAACAGAUCACGCAAACAGAAUGCCACCCUACAGACCAGCGCCUGAAAGGGGAAACUGUGAUGCUUCGGAGGGAGAAUGCGACUGAAAUUGAGCAAAGCCUAUAAUUAAGGAUUUUAGAAAGAUUCAGGGAGUUUUUAAGAAGAGGUACCUCAGGUGCGUGCUAUGCUGUGCCCCUGAGAGGCCCUGUGGUUCCGCCUCAGUCCUGGCAGGCCCGCCACAUUUCCAUGCACCCAGCGGUACCCACGUCCCUCACGUGAACCAGCUCAUUCUCCUCAGUUCACAGCUUCCCCGCAGGCUUGAGCACACCCCGCUGCUUCUGACACAGCAUCUCAAACUUGCUAGAUGUUUCAAAGACUGGCCAGCUGCAUAUUUGGUGGGACCCAAGCAAAAUGCCAAUUCAAGCCUCUCUGUUUAAAAAAGCAGGAAGAUUUUCAGAGCAGCCAGAGAGGAACAUUAAAACAAGCACAGGCAAGUGCACGGUCCCUGGGUGGCUGCAUGGGUCAGACCCACAAAAGCGGUGCGGUGCGGUGCUCAGAGCUGUGUUCAAAGCAGGAAUUGGUUUUUGGUUUUUUUUUUUUUUUUUUUUUUUGUUUUUGUUUUUUUUUGUGACUCUCGUCAUUUGUGAGAGCCUCUGCGAUUCCGGAAGCCAUUCCACCAGGAAUUACCUGAGGCUAACCAAGGUUGUAUGGAGUGUUGGGGUUCACUUGGGGGAGUCUGUGAGGACCCUCAGUAUGAUCUCACUGGCAUGCAGCCAGGGCAGACCGGAUUAAAUCAAAUAGGUUGAAAGAUUACACGGAAGAAGUUGGCGCUAUCUUAAGGGCUGUUACUGGAGUCUGCAGGUGUGUAGCGUGUAGCGCUGCAGAUCUGUCCUUCCGUAAAGGACAGUGCUCCCCGCUCUGACUUAAAACCUUUGAGCGGUGAGGUGCAUAUUAGACAUUGCAGCAAACUCUAGACCUUUUGAGGAUACUGGUCUUUUAGCUUUAGAAUGGGACAGAGACGAGAAGUGUCUACGCAUAAUAGGGCUACGAAGGGACGUUCUAGCCUCAAAUCAGUACAAAUGCGUGUAGUGUUUUCUGGCACGGAGCCAAAGCCACACUGACUUGUUUUUCCCUCACAAACCAUCAGUAAUGGAGUAAGUUGGCCUGCAGUUUGACAAGGCUCUAGAUAAAGAUGCAUCUGUCUGUGGACAACAGUGAAGAGGCCUUUGUGUUCCUUACAGUCGCAAACAUGCACGUUGUGGCCUUUUUUUUUUAGGGGACAGGGGUGCGUUGUAGCGUUGCAGGGAGCAUCCAGACUGGAGGAGAAGGACACGGACAGGUUGUAAAUGCAGUAAAACGGUGAGGCUGAGGCAGGGGCCAGGAGGAGCAACAGGAAAGGAAGGAGGUAUGAACAGUUCCGUCUCUGGCGGGUUUUUUUCCUCUCUCAUGCUAGGGUAUUGGCGACUUCCCUCCUGCAAGUAGGAAGGUCAUGUUCCCCAGGUACAUGGGCACCAAAGACUUGUUCCCUUAAGCCAUCCGGGAAGUGAGGGAGUUUCUCACCGGGGGGUUGGGCUUCCACCAUGCAGGAAAUGCUGGUUUACUAAUCACUAAUCAAAAGCAUAAACGGGACAGUGUCCAUGUGUACAGAUUUGGCAGAGAGGCAAAAACUGGAGGUUAUUUGUGCUAGUGAUUACUGAAGGGGGAAGAGUUGAUACCUGAAGACAUUAUUAGCAUGUCCAAGCAUAGCCUUAAACGUCCCAAACAGCUGCCAGCACACUGGUCCCCCAAAUCAUCCGGGGGAGCGGUGUCAGAGACAGUUCCCGGUGGAGGUAAGGACCGCUCUCUGAGAUGGUGUGUGCAUGGUGUGAAGGGGUUUGGGUUCAGAAGGGUAGAAGGGCAGUCCUGUGUUCCGAUCUUAUUGGCAUUUAAGCAAUCUGGGGCUUAAAAUCCUCUAAGCCUCAAUUUCCCUGUCUGUAAAACCAAGAUAAAAAAGCGCCUUGCACGAAUUGUUUAGAAUCGAGGGGUCAGUGGGCGUGCCGAGGGCCUCACACCCCAGCACGUGGUUGGCGCGCACCCCAAGGAACGUCGGCUUUCUUGGCCUUCCUUUCUUGAGAGUGAAGGUGUAGUUACUCGUUUUGGGUGUAGAAAUGUCGACUGGCGUGUUAAGGUGGGAUCCCUCUUCAGAACCUUUUCGUAGGUGGUCAGAGUUACCCUUUGACGUUGAUAGUUGCGAGGGCUGUAAUUGAAGGGUUACAUCAGGAAAUUCUAGACUUUGAACAUUAUGCUUCUGUUUGCUCUAAGACAGGGCAAGGCAGGCUUAGCGAGUCUGAUCAUUAGAGACAGGGAGUGCUUGGGAAACUGAAGCCCAUGCUUUCUAGUGUUUCAUUUUAGCCAGUUAUGUUUCUUGUCCAGCCUGCAGUUUGCCUGAACUGCUCACAAGGAGAGAAAUUGACAGGUGUGUUUCCUCGCCUUCUGUUCUCCCCUGCUUGUCCUUAGGAAAGGUGUUAGUGAGCAAACAGCACACUGGCCUUUGCUUAACAGCCUUGGAGAGGCCCGGUCAUGCAUGCCUAAUUGAGUCCUCUCUAUCAAACACACACACACACACACACACACACACACACACACACACACACACACACACAAACCCUCUUUCUCUCCAGGCAUUGUCAGAGUCUCAGCACAAAAGCAAUGCUUGCCCCUCCUAGGUUCCAUUAUCUAAUAGGUAGGUUGGAACAAUAUAGCCCGAUAUGUCUACCCACUGAUGUUUGCAUAUUAGGAAGGAGUCAAUCCAUUCUAGUUCUAGCCAGAACCUUACCUGUUCCUCACCAGCCUGUCUAUGUUGCAGUUUAAAAUCAUGUAACUCAACAGCUUUCUCUGCAAACAAUGAAAAUUGAGACCUUCUCUUCCAGGACCUAGUCCUUGGCCACUCCCUAAAGGAAGGAAAAUAGAUGUCUCUUGUGUUCAGACCUUUGCUCAUUGCUAGGCACGGCCCGUUCCUGUGAGGAAGCAGCAUUUUACGCUCUACAUAACCUAGCUGCUGUAUGGAGCAACACUUAAGAAAAUCCAUGCUGCAGUUACUCGAGCUCUGAUGCCCGUUAGAGUCGCACCAGUUGUGUUGUAUGAAUGUUUGUUGUGAGGUUUCGUCUUGGUAGCCGUGGGGUGGGAAUCUGAGAAGUCCCAGGUUACAGAAGCUUCACUUUAGAGUGGUGGGUGUGAUGGAGGUGACAGAAAGGAACCAAGAGAGCAGACUGCCUGGCUUGAAUCUGUUACUUGAUGAUCACCGGCUUGCACUCAACGCCAUCUUCCUCGUUUGCAGAAUGGGAAUGCCAGUGUCUUGGGGUUGGGAGCGUUAUGUGAGAGUCCUUCAGAUGUUUCUGUGUGCCAGCUUCUCAGUAACAUGGUUCCUCACAGUCUCCCCGUGUGUUAGCUCUCUUUGAGCACUUACUACCUGCCAGAGACCAAGCAUUCACAUUGCUAACCCCACUCCCUCCCCUUUCCUCGCCUCCCUGCCUUCUUCUGUCCUCUGUGUCUCUGUAACCCUGCCUGCCUCCCAUUCUGUCUUGCCCACGGGAAAUAGCAGCAUACUGCAGCUAAUAAACGCCUCAAUUUAAAAAGUGAUAUAUGCACUUGUUGUCCUCAAUCGCGACCUUUGGACAUAGGAGCUCUGUCAGGACAGUCUACCUUUUUUGUGUCUCUUGUCCAAGAGUGGGUACUAGGGACAUGAUUGGAGUUCGUGGUUAUUUAUUGCAUAUCCGCAUCCCCACAAGUCACUUGGGUUUAUCCAUCCGGGUCCCUCGGAGUCCCAUGUCCCUCCCUCGGGUGUCCUUGGUUCAAUUUCAUUCUUUCCUUCUCAAGCUUCAGACUCACACAUACUAGGAGAGGUGGCGUAGCCAAACACAGAAGAUGUUUUAAUUUUAUUUGUUGACUUUUGGCCUGUAGUGGCGGAUGGCCCUAAGCUCCUGAUUGUCCUGCCUCUCAAGUGCUGGGAUAAUAACCCCACAUCACCAUGCCUAGCUCUGAAGCAUCUUUUGAAAUAAGUGGCAUUUGGAGAGUAUGGAGCUUUGGGAGGGUGAACUCAUGUUUCUCAGAAUUUCUCUACGGAGAGACCUGGACCCUGGUGGGCUUUGCAGACUUCCACCUCAGCUCUCACUCAGUCUAAGGGAUGCUGUGUGUCGGCUCUCCACAUGGGCAAAUUGGCUUCUACUCCGCAGUGAGUUUUAAACUCCCAGCUCUGCUGUGGGUACUUCAUCUGUGAAGUAGGUCAGCCCCCCACAUCCUCCAGUUACUCCUGAAGCUCAGGUUUUCCCUGGUGGGUCUUGACAGGGGCCGCCUUUACAGUGAAUAUGGCCAGGGUUUACAUCAAGGAUUGAGGGGUUCCAAUGGAGCCUACUUGUCUGUCAGCUCCCAGUAAAGGAGUAAGCACGGAGGGUUUGGAAGGAAGAUGUGGGACGUGGCUGUGAAUCUUUAGUAUUUGAAGUUAGUCGUGUAGAGUGGGUCUGUGCCCAUCAGCCCCGGGGGAGUUUAUAUCCAGGUUUGAAUCUGUAAACCACGUGGGGUUUCCAGGACCUGUUUCCUCUUGGUUUCUCUUUGCUUGCCCUGUGGGUGAGCAUGAAGUAAACAUUGAUUGAAGAUCUAGUAUGAGCCAGUAGGUAUCAGGAAGUUCUUACUGCUGUUCUAUGCAUUGCUAGAGGGUUGACUUGGGAUGGGGGCAGAAUUCGCCUUACCAGAAGCACACAUGUGGGUAUGUAUGUGCACAAGACUCCUGAAAGUGCAUAUAUUCUCUCUCUCUCUCUCUCUCUCUCUCUCUCUCUCUCUCUCUCUCUCUCUCUGUAAGUGUCUGUGUGUCUGUCUGUUGUUGGGUGUACUUGUGUCAUGGGGUAUGUGUGGAGGUUAGGGAACAACUCUGUGGAGUUGAUUUUCUCGCCUUCUAUAUCUUUAUUUGGGUUCUGGGGAGCAGGGCUUCAGGCUUGUAUGACAACAGCUUUAUUUACUGAGUGGAGUCACCAGCCUCCAGAGCUUCUUGACUAGGUGACUUGUAUUAGCAUCAGACCUGCCAUACUGUAUCCCAGGGAGGUGUCUGGUAGAGGCCACUGCAGCAUCCGUAGUCAUACACAUACGUCUUACCCUCUUGCCCUGGGGUUCUCAAGCUUCUCAUUGGAGUUUCACAACCUCGUUGAUCCAUUUUGUGUUAUAACAAAAUUCCCGAGGGCGGGUAUUUUAUUAAGAAAGAAGGUUUUAUCUUGUCGCCAUCGUGGCAGCUGGCAAUUCUACAGGCAGCCUGGUGUCUGGUGAGCACCCUUUUGUCCCUCACCAGCAGCUGCCUUUCCAUGUGGCGUAGAGGUGCGAAGGGAUACAUGCAAAAGGAACCAAGAUGUGGCGUAGUCUCGCCUGCUGUCAGCCUCCUCGGGCGUGACCGUACUGAUGCAGUCACCAGGGUAGAGCCACCGGAACCUGACCUGACUGCCUUGCUCAGGCCCUGCGUUGUAAAGGUUCUCCUUCCUCAGCCUGAAUACCCUGGAGACCAAGCUUCCAGCGCUUGAAUCUUCAGGGAGCAAGCUGGAUCCCAAACAGUACCGCAUGUUGUUAUCUCUUGUCACUUGCUGCUGCCCCUUCUCUCGGUCACAGCACUGUGAGUCACUGGCACAUCUUCCCUUGAAGAAGCAGUUCCCUGGUAGAACGCGCCCCCCCCCCCUAACGUCUAGCCCAGUGCUCAGCACUUCCUUGAGUGUGUGACCGGAUCGGUCAGGUAGAAUUCCAAGUUCACAUUGCAUUCCGUUUUGUUUGGGACUGCGCACAGUUAAGAUGAGAUGGCAGUGACCCGUCAGUCCUUGGCAGUCCUUAGUUUUUUUUUGGAAUGGCACUUGCUUUACUAAGUUCUGACCUGGUUUGUAAUAGCUAGGUUUCCCUGUCACCUACUUUUGCAAUGAAGUUAAGUGCAUCUCGAAGGCAGCGUCUUAGGAGAUGGAUUCUGACUCCUCUUUGUCCCAUAGGAGUGCUAUGUGCUCUGGUGUGAGCGUUCAUCCCUCGAGGGGCUUCUUACCCGCCCAGCUGACUCCUUAUGGCCUCAAGGCACACAAGACUGCUGUAUCUGCUUUUGUGUCCGAUCACAUGCUCAUCUUACCUCUCACAUCUAACGAUGCAUAGUAUGUACUCAAGAAAUGCCUGUAGACUCAGAAUCCAGUCAGCAAUAAUCAAGAGUAUAAUAGAUAACCUGCUUCAGGAACAUCCAUAGGGCGGGAGAUGGAUGUUUGAAAGAAACAGAGCCAGCCUCGAAGCUUCCUGGAGAAGGUCCUUCAAGUUGAGAUUCAUGGAUCGUAGACACUCAUCGUUAAGAGAAUGCACUUGAGUUUUAUUGUUUAAUAGGUGUUUGGAUCAGUUAACUUUUUAUGAUAGUGUUUUUAAACACAGUGAUCUUUCCUUAAUUUCUCCAUAUAACUACAUAGUAAUUACAUAAUCAUUGAUGUUUAUCGACAGUUUAAUUUUGUGUUCGGCUGGGUUGGGGGGGAUUGUGAAUGUGUUGUGGUGUGUGUGUGUGUGUGUGUGUGUGUGUGUGUGUGUGCACGUGUGUGCACGUGUGUGCACGUACAUGCCCGCGUGCACACGGAUAUAGAGGCCAGAAGUUAAUGUCUUGUGUCUUCCUAAGUUAUUCCAUACCCUAAGUUUUGAGACAGGGUCUGUUCUGGUUCCUAGUGCAUGAUUGGCUAGACUGGCUGGCCAGCCACUGAGCUCCAGGGAUGAAGGAACCUAUCCCUACCUCGCUGGCACUGAAAUUACAGAUACGCACUGUGUACCUAGCUCCUGGUGCAGUUGCUGGUGGUCCAAACGCAUGCUCUUGUGCCGUGCAGCAAGGACAUCACUACUGAGUCAUCCCCUCAGCCUUCGACAUUCCAGUUUGGCUGUUACUUAAUAGCUGAAUGUCUAAUGUUGUGUGGGGGGCUCCAUAGCUCAUGAAACACUCUUGCCCUGUGUCCUCUCUUGGUUUUGAUGGCGCCGUAACACACCGUGCUGACUGAACAGCUUAAGGCUCUGGUUCUAACCUGGCUUCUCUGUGAGCGCCGCUCACAGCAGCCAUCCCAUCCCAUCCGUCACGGCUUCCUGCUCAGGCAGGUCAAGUUUGCCGAGGGAAGGAGUGGCCCAAUGGCCAGGUGUGCCGGUUCACAGCCUGAAAGGGGCAGCUGUCAAGUGAACUUUGUCCGAGUUUUAAGAAUUUUAUCUCACCGCUCUCCCGAGUGGGUGUGUGCCCAGAGAUCAAAGGCUUGUUUUGAGGCUUCGCGCCUUUCCCUGAAGACACUUUCCGAGGUCCCUGGAGCUGUUGGGCAACUGCCUCUGUAGAGGCUGCGUUGCUAUGUGGCACCAGGUGUAUGUUUGCCCCCUGAGAGAGAGAUUGGCUGCACUAGCACCUCAGAAGGUUGCUCACUAGGUCACCAACGUGACAGAAAUGGCAUGUGUGUGUGUGUGUGUGUGUGAGAGAGAGAGAGAGAGAGAGACAGAGAGAGAGACAGAGAGAGAGACAGAGAGAGAGACAGAGAGAGAGACAGAGAGACAGAGAGAAUGCUAGCAGUUAUAAGAUUCUCUCUAACCUGGAAGCCAUUACUAUGACUGACUCAUGGUGGUAGUUGGCCUUGAACUCUUGGGUCAAUAGAAUUUUGAUUUUGGUUAGAUUCUUCUCUCUCUCUCUCUCUCUCUCUCUCUCUCUCUCUCUCUCUCUCUCUCUGUGUGUGUGUGUGUGUGUGUGUGUGUGUGUGUGUGUCCACUUACUUUCAUGAGUGUGCAGGAGAACAUGCACAUUACAUGUGAAGGCCAGAGGACAACUUCAGGUUCUGUCCUGAAGAGCUUUCUUCCCUGAUGUAUUUGUUUGCCUGCCUGCCUGUCUAUAGACAAGGGUCUGAUUUGCAUGGACCUCUCCAAGUAAGGUGGGCUGUCUGGCUAGGGAGCCUCAGGGAUUUGCUUGUCCCUGUCGUGUUACAAUUACCUGCUGCCAUAGCCUGGUUGUGGUUCUGCUGUCAGUCGGGUUCUAAGGGUGGAACGUAGGUCUUCCUGAUUGCACACCAAAUGCUUUACCAACAGAGCUAUCUUCCUAGUAGUGCCCAGGAACCAUGUUGACCUUUGGGGGACACUGUCCCUUGGUUCUUGGCUCUGGAUUGCUGUUUCAUGCAUUCUUCUUGCUAUUCUUGAGACAGUCUUUCCACACAACCCUGGUUGUCCUGCAGCUCACUAUGGAGACCAAGCUGGCUUUGAAUUCACGGCUUUCUGAGUACCGGGAUUAAAGGUGUGUGCCACCACACCCGGUUUUAUGUGUUAUUUUCUUCACAAAAUAAUUUUGAAGACUGAAGUAAAAAACCUGUCUCGAGCAUCUUCCUCACGCUGUGCUGUGUGCGAAUGGGUUGCCACUAGCUGUCUUGGCGUCUGUCUCUGGAUUUGUGUUGAUUUGUAAAGGUGUUGAAUUUUUAUCUUUCGAGGUGGGUUUUUUUUUUUUAGAUAUGCUAAACAGGAGAGGGAUCCAUGGCCAUCUUAAUGCUGUUGGGAGGUUUUUCUGCAUAAGCAAAAAUUAUUAUUGACUUAGCUACCAGCAUCAGGAGGUGUAUUUUAGUCCCUCCAGGAAGGGACCAUUUGACUUUGACCUUACUUUUUACUAAUUAUUCUCUUACAGUCCUUCAAAACAAAACAAAACCCAACCCCUACUAUUUAGGGGCUUAACCGUGGAUCAUCAGCAAAGCCUGCGGCCUUUGUAGUCCUUUGUAGGCCUUUGCGGUUGACAGUGAGAAAUUCCUGUCCAUUUCUUGUUCCCCUUUACCUUGGUAUUUUAGAGAUAUCUGCAAAGCAAUGUGGCAGAAAGCAGCAUAACCUGUCUGAUAAGUCCUGUCUAAACAGAGGAAGGCCAAUAAGGCCCUGGUCUGGCAUUGGCAGUCUCAAAGGAGCCAAUUGUACAAGUCACUGAGGCCCUCAGGGAGAGCCACACUGUUCACAGUCCAGGGGAGAGUGGUGUUCAGUAGCGUCAGGACUCUGAUGGGGUGGGCCUGUUGCUGUCCGAACAUCUGACAGUUGUCCCCACUCUACCAAACUGUGACCUCGUCUGGAUCCUUUUAGACUUCCUCCUGCAGGUGCAGACAGUGGUGUCGGCCACUCUUCAGUGCAGAGUGUGGGUGGUUUUUCCUUUUCUCCUCUUGCUCUGAAGGAUUCAGCCAUGGACACCUAACGAUGGACAUGCGAGGAAAGAGAGCCCUUCUGUGGUCUGGUGGCGCCUCAGUGGGCUGCCAUUUGCUAAAACCUAACUUUUCAGUGCUCUGAUUGCACACCCCCUGGUAUUCCAAAGGAGCGGCUUUCCCAAAGCGUGUGCAAAACACCUUUGCUCUGUCCAGUGAGAGAGCAUCUCCUGGAUGGAAGCCCUCCUGAACUUCAUGUUCUUUCUAUCCCUGUCUAGAUCUGGCCCCUAUUCCCCCUGAGACCCACUGAAGAGGAGAGUGGAGAGGCCACCCUUUAAAACACUGCUCUGAAGGUUAAAACAGAAGCGCUGCAGGGGAGAAGCAAUUCUAAGUGUGGGUUUUUCUGUGGCAGUAUCUCCCUAUUACAAUUAAAAAAAAAUGUCAUGAAUAAUCUCAAGAGUCAGGUUUUGAUCUUUAUAGGAAGCAGUGAUAUUGAAAAUAAAAAUAUAUGCAUAUUUAAUGAACUGUCAACACUUUCAACAGCAUUUAAUAGAAAAAAUAUUAAAAGUAGAACUAGGAGCUGGGGGUAUAGUUCCAUUGGUUGAGUCCUUGCCUACCAUGCGCAGAGCCUUGAGUUCAGUCCCCAAUCCUGGAGAGAGAUUUGGAAGGAGGGUGCUUACAGUGAAAACCAAGUACUGUUUGCUUCUCCGUGGUAUUCUGCAUGAAAGCGAGAGCAUGUUAAACUAUUAGGCUUUGAGGAUUUGGGGAUUCACAGUGUUAUUCUUUUCUUUUUUUUUUUUUUUUUUUUUUGGUUCUUUUUUUCAGAGCUGGGGACCGAACCCAGGGCCUUGCGCUUCCUAGGUAAGCGCUCUACCACUGAGCUAAAUCCCCAGCCCCUCAUGGUGUUAUUCUUAAGAAGAAAAAAAAAAGCCUUCUCCCCCUCGCUUGGUCUAUGAGGAAAAGGAAAUGUUAGAAAAGCCUGAGCUAGAACAGGAAGCUCUAGUCACACUUAAAAUCCAACUGCCUUCUCAUGCUGUUCUUUCUGUUGAUGGAUUUAACACAACACUUCCUGCUUUGAGAAGAACUUCCUCUCCAAGGGCCCCAAACCCUUUAUCGUUAUAAAUCUUUAUUUUUCCUGUUGUCUGAAAAAUAUUGAAAAGGUUGCCUACCCUCUCAACAGGUAUCAGCUGAAACGCUUUCAUCGGUCUGGGACCAUUCGCUCGCGUGGUCCCACCGAAGGCAGUAAAGUGGAACCAAGUCAUCUCCCAUGCCCGAGACUUUUCGUGGUUUUAGCAUUCCCAGCCCCACAUCCUAGUAAUGCUCCCAGUCCCAGACAAACCAGUCACCUUUUUAGGAUCAGGUGACUCUUCAUAAAACGCUACCAUUCUACCUGAAACCUGUCCACCUUAAAGUUGACCUAGAUAACAUGGACCAGGGCCUAUCUCUGAUGCCUCCUUGUGGAAGCCCCAAAGCACGUAAUCCUGGGAUGAGGAAAACUGAAGAUACGUGGGGCGGGGCAUUGCUGAGCAGAAUUUCUGGUUUCAUGCUUGCCUGCCAUGUCCCCUUUUAGUACAAUACAUGGUAGAUACCGAAAGCAAGAACUGCUAACUGCCUGAGUCCCAAAAGAAGAAGUGUUUUUCGAGAUACUUCUGUUGUUCUGUUGUUUGGUUUGGUUAUCUGGAAGACGAAGAUACUGGUCUCCGUUUCUAAGUCCUCUUCCUGCCUAAACCUGCAAGAAUCAGGAAGUAGAAAGCAGAGUGCUCAAGGGAGAAUGGAAGCUGGGCCAGGUAGCGCACACUGUCAUCCCGGCGUUCAGAAGGUUGAGGCGGGAGGAUCAUGAGCUGGAGGCUAGGCUGGGCUACAGAAGUGAGUUCAAGCCCAGCCCAGGCUGUGUAACAAGACCUUGUCUCCAAAAUCUAAAGAAGAAAGAGGAAAGAAGAAGGCAGAGUGCUGGAGGAGGCACGGGAGAAAGGUAGAGGGAGACACAGAGUAUAUUCCCUUUAGGAAGCUCUGCCCAGAGCGAGGGGAGCUUUCUUCAAGUGCAAACCUUUUGAACACAUUUAGGCCAUGUGCAACAAUCCUCCGCCCCAGC